CUUUUGUGUUUCUGUUUGUGGAGGAAGGUUGUGGAACAGAUGAGCUGUGGAGCUCAAGCGAUGUCCAAGCAUGACCCAGUUUAUAAAGCGGUACAAACACGUGUUGCUGUUUUUUUAGCAUCACACACAUUUUUCAGGUUUUUGUCGUCCCUGUCCCAACUUUUAAAAACUUUUUGCUGGCUUCAAAUUUAGAAUGAGCAUUUAUUUUUGAAAAAUUAAAAAAACUUUUCAGUUUCUGCAUUUUUAACCUAUUUUCACUUAAAUAUGUCCACAUGUUUAUAUAAAAACCAUCAAAAUCUGAUUUUGUUCAGGUUUUACACAUCAUCCCCAGUCUUUUGGAUUCGGGGUUGAUUAUUCUAACCUUUCAAUCAAGACAAGAUUCUCUCAACAAGGUUUUGACUGUCACACAUACACUCAUACAUAAAUUUGGUAACUUCGCUCUGGAAAACAGUCCAAUCAGGACUUUCCCUGAGCUGACACAGCCCCAUAGUGGAGACAGACAAGAAGACGUUCAAAUUUCUCCUUAAACCUGGUGUUCAUACAGCAGGAGGUCAAAGAGGAAGACAGAGUUGAUUUUGCGAAGACAGAGCAGGUGGGGGGCGAAGGUUGAUGUGAAGCACUUGCAGAAAGUCACGACUGCUCUUGAUUGAUGACGCAACGACUGACUUCAAGAGACCGAACCUUCAGACUCGCCGUGAGUCAGUCUGAGCCGGGUAACCUCUCUGAAAAUGUGAAGAUACUAAGCAGGAGGAUGAUGUACUUACUGCAGGUGAGAGAACAGCAUCAGACAAAGAUAAUCCUUCCAGGUCGGUCACAAGGCUGUUUGAGAGGAAGGUGUUGACAGGUGUGACUUGAGGAGAUGGUGCGGGUUCAACUGGGGAGAAAAGAUGAGAAAAUAACAGGUAUCAGGAAGAUUCAAGCGUAUAUCAUCUCUCACAGAGUUUGAUUUCAUUCCCUCUGAUAGCCUGAAGAGCUGGAUGCUGUUUUUCUCAGUGAUAAUAACAAACUGCAGCAAAAUUACGUCCUUGUCCACUGACUUUGCCAAACUGUGGAUGUAUCGUCACUUUUGCACUUUCUGUGGAAGCAGAGAUGAAAACAAAAAACUCACAAUCGUCAAGGUCGAGCAGAGACAUUUCUUUCUUCUCCUUCUUGCUUUCUUUCUUGACAGGCUUCGAGGGAGGUUUGGCUUCAGCUGCCUGUGAGAAGACGAAAGAAAAGCGACAUGAAAAAGGUUCAGAAAUUUAUGUCACCAUGUGCAGCUGAAAUCCAGAGAGGCUUGGUCCAGAAGUGGGUGACGAGAACACAGAUUUAGAUUUCAUUUUCACGUGUUUUUCACCUAAAUCACAAAUUAGAGGGCGUUUUCUGUAUUCUUGAGAUGUUUCGGUUACCUUUUUUUUCUUUUUGACUUCAACCUCAGACUCCGAGUCUUCAGACUCAGACUGGCUGCUCUCAGACUCACUGUCCGCCUCGUCCUCAGACUCAGACUCUGUGUCGCUCUUGCGUUGUUUUAUCUUCCUUGUUUGUUUCCUCUCUUCUUCACUGCUCUGCUCACUGGAGGGAAAAGUAAAGUGAAGAUGAUUAAUCAGGUGUUAUCAGAAGAGAUGAGAUUAACCAUCCAAACUGUAAAUUCAGUAAAGAUAGAUAUAAACGCCUGGAAAAGGUUAGAGUUACGUAUUUCAUAUCAACAGUUCCAGAUUAUAAUCCAACACAACAAACCCAAACAUGCCGUACCUUUCGCUCUCUCGUGCAGGCUUCUUUAGUUCCUUCUUUUUCUUCUUCUUGUCCUUUUCAUCCUCAUCCUCCUCCUCCUCUUCCUCAGACUCGGAGCCCUCCUCGCUUUCCUCGCUCUCUGAUCCUGACCCGCUCUCCUCGCUGCCGCUGCCACUUUCUGAGCUGCUGGCGGAGUCGGACUCUGCAGAGGGAAAGGUCAGGAGUGUUUUGUUCAAUACAUCAGAUUUGUGCUGAAACAUUUCAUGACAUUAGUGCUUUUACUUUAUUUUACCCUUCCUAUUUAUAACUAUAAAUAAAUAUUUUUAUUGUUGACUGAAUAUAAAAAACACAAAACCGUUUGUUUAAGACUUCCAAAGCCACUCUUAGGGUAUCAGUGCAGACUCUGUGACACAAAAGUACAACAUGAAUUUAUACACUAUAUAAACUACAUUUGCAGAACAAGCUUAAAUGAAUGUCUUAUUUCAAGAUAUUAAAAGCAAAAGUAAGACCUGAAGUCUUAUUUCACGAUAUUAAAAGCAAAAGUAAGACCUGAAGUCUUUGUAAUGAGUAAAAAAAUCUACCAAAGGCAUAAAAAAUGACACUCAUUGUCGUGAUAUGUUCUGUUUGUUUAAAUUGUUUCACUUGAACUCGUGAAUUUCUCCACCUUGUCAUUGUUUUAAAAUUUUAGAUCAGUUCUCAGUGUUUUAUUUUUGUAGUAGUUGAUUCCUUGUGUUUCUAGUCUGGUUUUAUUUCCCUAGUUUUCCCUCUUUUGUUAAUCAUGCAUGAGUUUCACCUGUGUCUCGUCUGCCUCACCUGUUGCUCGUUUCCCAGUGUGUAUAAAGUCCCGAUCUUCCCCUCUGAAUCCCUGGUUUCCUUGUGUUUUUUUUCCUCAGUGUCUUUUGUUGGAUUUUCCCUUUGGGUUUUUUUGGUUGGACAUUUUAAAGUAAGUUUUGUUUAGUUCUUUUAAUAAAUCCUUUUUUUUUGUCUGCAUUUUUGGGUCCUUUUCCUUUGUUUACCCCUCCCUCAUGACACUCAUCUGGACACAUCAGGUAAUUUAACCCUGAUGAGACAUUUUUACUCAAUUUUAAAGUAGCCAUUUUUUCAAAAAGCCAUUAUGCAAACCCUGAUUAUGUGACAACUGCCUUUUUCAGAUGUAUUUUCACACACACACUCAAAAAAGUCGUUGUAUUGGGGUACAUGAUGUUUUGGACAAUAAAUCCCAUCACAUGUAUGUUUUGCUGUGAGUAUUUACACUGGCAAGACUAAAAGAUUUUUUAUCACCAUCAUCAUGCUGUGAAUGUCUCUCCUGACACCCAACCUUCUGCAGCAGCUACAGGCUUCAAAUUCAUAAUUUAGAGGAUGUCAGUCCUUUUGCUGGUGAUCUUAAAUCUGCUUCACCACUAUUCAAAAAACUCCCCCAAGGGUUUUAAGUUGAUAGACGGACUUACACAUUACUUUUUUUGACCUUUCACCAACAAUAAUCAUGAAUGAAACCACAUACACGUCACUACUAUGACAAAAAGUACAACAAAGCACAGACAGCAGCCCCAAAGUUACCACUAUCAGCUGACUCGGUCGGCCCUGACUCGCCCUCUGAGUCUGAGUAAAACGGCUUUUCCACCUUCUUCUCCUUCCUCUUCUCCCGGCUGCUGCAUUUGGUCCAUUCAGGCACCUGACAGGAGAAGCAGAGUUCAAACAGUAAACCUUCAGCUCCGCCUCAGUCACAGAUGAAAAAAAAAACCCUCAGACAGCAGCAGAGACGUGGGCAGAUUACAGUAGCAUGGCCAUGAAUGCCUCUGCCUGGGCGUGAUGCAGCCAAAUAAAGCCAGCGGUCAGAUCUGCUUUUAGAUCUGACGGUCAGACAACAGAUUCAGUACAGACAGUAACGCUUGCAGGAAGCUUUCCUUUCUUUUUUAAACAGAUAAAUGUCAGCACCAGGGGAUGCCUUCAUGACCAGUUGCAGAAAUGGCCUUUCUUUGAAUACAGGGAGCAGUUCCAUUAAGAGAAGUGAUGUCUUCGAGGAGCCGUGACCAUCCUCUCACACUCUCAAAAAAGCAGGCCAUCUGUCUCGCUCCUCCACGCUCAUUAGCUAAAACCAUCAGCUAAUGAGUGUGGACAUCUCCAACCCCAUUUAAAACCCACAGGGGCUGCUAAUGCAUCUCGACGUGUCAGAGGAGCUCACGUCCUGCUAAAAGAAUCACUUCUUUAAUGGGAGAGACCGAGGAAGAGGGUGCUGUGUUUCAGGUAGCUUUGGCUGAGCUAAGCACAGAACAGCGACUACGUUAGGCAGGGGUGUCAAAAAGCACUCGGGAGGGGGGUUUUUGCCGUUAUGUGGGUGUUGAGGCUAAAGGAGUUGGGCUCUUUGCCGCUAACUGACUCACACUCGUUAAUGUUGUGACUCUUUCAAGCAGCGUAAAAACCUGGCAGAUGUAGAAAAGAAAAAGAUUGGGAUGGAGGUGAGAAAAGGAAAAAAGAAGGGGAGAUUUUUAGAAAUAACGUCAGGAAAGCAAGAGAAACAGGCACAGGAAGGUUUCUGGGUCUAAAAAGAAGACGUGUGAGAACAGUUUGUGAUAACACAGAGACAAAAAUAAACCCCAAAUAUCAUCAUAGUACACUUUGCUUUUUUUUAACCAUAACAUCAGGCAACUAAAUAGCUUGUAAAGUGUUUUAAAAGAGUACACUCCAAUAUAACUUAAAUAUAUUCUUGAAUAUAUACUUAAAUCAAGAAAUAAAAAAGCAAAAAUUUACGUUCACUCGUAACUUAAACGUCAACAAAAUUCACAACAAUGCAUUUCGUAUAAAUGUCUCCAUCAGUGACAAAGCAGGAUGUGGAUCAAAAUGAGGUGGAUGAGGGUGGAUCAGGUGAGAGGUGAGAGAGGGGGAGAAGCAGUCAUGGAGUAAAAAAGUCACAUCACUCAGUAUCGCACAACAACAACAUUUGUGACACUUGAACUCGCUGUGCCACAAAUUUCAUGGGAGACCAAAAAGGUGCAGGAAAAGAAAAACGUUUCGAACUCAGCCGCUGAAUCAUCUCAAGGAUUAUAAGCUGGUUGUGCUGGAGCUUUCGGCGAUGUCUGGAGUAAUGAUUGCUCUGUGUGAAGGUUUAAAGUCUGUCUUCAAACUUAAAGAAUAUCAGCCAGUUAACAAACCCUGAGAGGAGAUUGUGAAUUUGAGUUUUUCCUAACAUAAGAAUGAAACUCUUCUUUCAAGGCCUGAUCCACAAAUUGAUGGCUCGGCUUCUGCACCUGCUAAACCUGCAAUAAUGAGCCGAAAAGACUGAUUCACAAAAGGUUGAAUGCUGAUGAGCAAACAGCGUUUCUGUGCAUCAGUGCGUAUGUUUUGUAGAUUAAAAAGAGCCAUUAUGCAUUUAUUCAGAGCUAAAUAGACCCCCUGUCUGUGCGAAUGAACGCCUAAUUUACAAACACCGCCUCUAACAGCAGCACACAGUCAAAAGUGAAUUUCUUCCCAUCGGCUGAAAAGAGUGGUAAUUGAGCCGAGUAUUUAUAAGCGUUUUUAUGUUCAAACUCCUCACUGAUUAAGACAAAAACCUCCGGAUGAACUGAAACGAUAUAUGUGUACACAAACAUGUCUUUGGCUCAGCUCAGGAAAUACAGGCUCACCUCACAGUGGGGUGGGUUUUCACUCCAGAACUGAACAGUAAAUAAACUCUUAAGUUUAACUCGUAAGAAAUUAAAUUUGAUCUUAAAGAAUAAGGUGUAUGGCUGAAACUUUUAACUGUACAUUAAACAUGGAAUCAACCUUUAGUUUGUGAAUUUUUACUCUGAAGCCUCAAGUUCAACAUUUUAGUCUCUGCCAUCUUGUUUUUCCUAGAAGUGAUCAUAUUAGACAAAAAGGUAAACGCUCCAACAUCUAUCCAAGUUGAAAGGUCACCAUAGGAGUCCAACAAAUUCAUACCCUGAGUACACCCUGCAUUAUUAACCGUUUUCCUUUAAAUGAGAUCAUAAUUCACAAAAUAAACAUGAAACUGUGUUUGAGAACACUUGAAAACAUGUUUUUUUUAGGCUACUAGUGGGCGACUUCACCGGUCUCACAAAGAAAUAGGAUAAAGACUCCUCUCCUCUCCUCUCCUCUCUUCUCCUCUCAUUUACUCUCCUCUCCUCUCCUCUCUCAUUGCCCUGUUGAAUUUGUUGUCAACAUUGCUGCUUCUCCAACACAACAUGGUGCUCCUCAUUCAGGGAAAAUAAGUGACAAAUAAGGGUUUGUCUACUAUUUCCUUCACCAGAUAUGAUCACUUCUGUCUUCAGAUAAAGAAGAUAACAACAACUAAACUGCAGAACUGAAUCCUCACAAAAGUAUUUCACAAACUGAAAGUUGAUGAACAGUCUAGUCAACAGAUCACGUUCCCGUAUGAAACACAGUUGAGAGAAAAGCUCCAGGACAAGCAGCUAAAAAGACCUUGUUUAGAGAUUAUGGACUUUUGUUUUCAAGAGAAAGACUUUACAGUCCAGCUUAAGUCUUCUAAUCCUCUGAACUGCUGUAAUUUGGCAUUUAAUUGAGCUUUUCUUCCAGUCUUACUUUAUGACUUCAUUUCUUUCCUUUAAAGAGGACGAAGAAUAAUCUCUUUCCACUUGAGUCAAAACAGCUGCCAUCUUUAUCCUCUAAAAAUCCACACUGAUUCAGAUUGAAGUCUCAUUAAUCUUAAUUUGUCACUUUGAUCAUCUUCUGUUUCAACAGGAUGACAACCAGAACGGGACACUAAGAGGAAAGAGAGAGUAAUCAUCAAAACAAACACCACCGCACUCCCAAACCCAGGAGGAGGAGGAGGAGGAGGAGGAGGGGGCACCUCUCGCCAGUCUCCUAGCAAGCCGAUCCGCCCCUCGCCGGUGGUUAUGACCUCCUCUAUCUGUGGAGACGCAUAAUGUGCAGAGUGAGAGCCUGUCAGAGAGGUCAGCGCUUCAGAGGAUCCAGUGACCCUCUGAGCGGCUUCAGCCUCAACAUCAGAGGAUGUAAACGGACUCACAUCAGGUUUCUCUCCACCGUCAGUAAAGGACCAUACCGAAGAAUCCUGCUCAUUCUUCCUCUUAAACAUUAUUGUGACUGAAUUUCAAAGAUUAUUCAAAGUUUUUGGACUGAUUCACAGCUUUCCACGCCCUCCAUUGUUUUUGUUUUUUUUCUGUUGUAUACACAUUUGAUAGCAACCUGUACUGAUCUGAGAACAGCCUGUAAUCCCACGAUCCUUAUGGAGGAGUGCAGCUAAUGUGUGAGACGUAAUCAUGCUGCUUGCUAGGGCUGGGCGAUAAAACAAUAAUUAUAUAUAUCAAAAAUUAAUUUCCCUAGAUAUCGAUAUGAAACAUAGUCAAUAUGCUUUUCGAUAGCCGGCAUUCUGCCAUAUUUCGGUAGACCAUAUGGAUAGCCAAUGAAAAGGGGAGUUGCUCCAGGUUUGGGCUGAACUGAUCAAUCAGUUUGCGUUCUCUCGCACAACGCCUGACGACAAAACGUCGAAGAGACACAGAGACCUAACAGAUGCAAUAGCUUAUUGUAUUGCAAAAGAAAUGUUACCAAUAAGCGUAACAAGGAAUAUUUAAGAUUGACAAGUGAUUUUAUUUUAAAAUCGUGAUAAAUUUCGAUAUCGACUGAUAUGAAAAAAAAUAUUGUCGCCCAGCCCUACUGCUUUCUGAAUCAAUCCCUUAAAUGUAGAUGUAAAUCUGCACUCACAUAAAUCUAUACAUCUUCAUCUUAAAUUCAGACUAUUUCUCACUGAGAAAUCCAGUUACCCUGACUCUCUACAUGACCUAUCGGUUAUUAAUGAUAUAAAAUGUAAUUCCAGCUUGAAAACUAAAAGCCAAAAUCAAAACACAGUAUCUUGUCAGUUCAAAAGUUCAUCUUGCAGUAAAUUUAUAUUUGCAAGACCUUUUAAUUUCAUCUCAAGCUGAUGUUAUUUGAUUCUCUCUAACCCCAUUAAGAGAGGGGCUUGUGGGGAUUUGAGGUUUGGUAUCAUGAAUCAUAGGAUAGUUAUUAAGUUAAUGUCAGAGGGUCUUUGAAUGCAGCAUCCUCGCAUCUGCAUCAACUCAUAAUCGCGUCGUGUCUGUGUGCGCAUGGAGCAAAACUCCAGCUAAAGCAUGAAAUCGUUCACUGUGAUGGAUCAGCUCUCUAAAGCAAGCAUCCAUUCUCUGUAAACAAAACAAAUAUCAGGCUGGAAGGCUGGGAAUCGAAUUUCACGUUAAUUAAAUGCUCUGAAAAGGGCUGGAAAACAGACGACACUAAUGUGACUUAUCCAGCCAGCUGAAUCUCCCGGUAUGGUCUCUUGAGUGCUCAUCUCCCGAAAAUUCAAUAUACAUGUUUCGAGUAUAAACUGCAAUGCACCUGUGGCCUCAUCCUGAAAUCUGCUUCACAGGUAAACAAUAAGCUAACAAUAAGUAUGGGACAUUGAGCUGUGAGCUAAAAAUAAAUCUACACUAAAGAAGCAAUAAUCAAUAAAGAAGACAACAAAACCAAGUCUUGAGGUCACUCCUUGAAUUGAAAAUCAAGUGAUUUUGUGAUUGGGGUCUUGAUUUUAGCGCAAAAGUGACUGACUCAAGUUUUGAUUUCGUGUCUUUAAUCAGAUCACAUUGUUAGUUAUGAACCGAUGGCACAUGGAGGUAAUGGCGAGGAUGGGGAAGGGUCUGAGAGGUUGGGAUGUUGCUCUGCACUGUGAUCUCUUGAAACACUCAGGUCAAAUUCAAUCCUUCAGCGGAGUAUUACUGAAGUGUCUGCUUGGAAAUUUGCAAAUCACUCAUAUAAAAAAAGUAGAAAAUAACUAUUGGAAACAUCCUUUCAAAAUAAAGGUCUAAUUUUGGAUGUUAAUUCACUGUAAGCACACUGUUGAUAGAAAAUACGUCAAAAUCUGGGGCUGUAGCUCCCGGAUCUGCUCUCUUUGGUAUGACAUGUGCUAUUGGCUCAAACACUUCAGAGGAUAAACCUGGACGGGGCGAGUCAGCUGCUGCCAACAGCAGCAGGUGCAGCAGAGAGGGUGAGGAGUUCACUGUAAGUUUUCACUGUGGACUAGAAGUUUUUUUAAAAAAGACUAUAAUCCUCUUUUUUCCAUUUGUAACUCAUCACCUCUACAGGGGGGAAGAGUUUUUGACAAGCAGCAUCCAUUUGAAAACUGAUGGGAGCCAAAAAAGGAUGCAUGUUAGCGAUGAGCUGUUAAUGCUAAUGAGCUGUAUGUCAAUGACGGAUGGCCAAUGAAAAGAGGAAUCAAUGUUAUAUUGGAGUUAAUGUUAUAUUGGAUGUGAAGCUUUGGUGACUCUGUCCGGCCCCUCUGAGGCACUGCACUGGGGCAGGAGCAAACGCCGCUCCCCUCCACCUUUCGGGGCCCCGGGAGACCCCAGAGGGCCCCUGUGUCUCUGUAUGUUACUGUUCCCACUGCACGCACAGACUCCUUCACCUCCACGUUGCGCACGGAGGGGUCUGGGGCGGCUUCAGGCCAGUCAGGCAACUCCUGGUAGCCACCGGCCUUGGCGUUCAGCAGGUGGGACAAUGAACCCAACUGGAAGUGGUCUCGAUCUGCAACAAGACAGGAGAAAGGGAAUCUAGAGGGCGAAUUCUAACAUCUUCCUUUUUAAGCUACAAUUCCUGUCAUUUUGGGGGCUUCAAGUGUUGGAGUAAAAUCGACUCAUGGAAUAAUUCAGUAAGCUAUGGGCUUUAUUUUGGUAAAGCAGCCUGCUGGUAGCCUGAUAAUUAGCAUAGGAUGACCAUAUUCUGACUUCCCAAAAAGAGGACACGACUAUGCGGAGUCAAGAAGUCACACAAAGUUAAAUUUGAGAGUUUUUUACGUGCUUCUAAAGAUCCUUACACACCGGGAAUGACGCAAAUAUACAACGCGAAAUUAUGAAAUAUUCUGAGGCGAAUUUUAACACGCCUGACUAUUUUGCGACUUUCCUGGGUGAAAAAAGACGUGUCCCGGGUGGAAGCGAGAAGACUAACACAACACUAGACUGACUGUUUUCAGUUCUGUUCUGUUCAGUUCAGUUUUCAGUAAGUCCACGUGACACAAAAUCAAAAAUUACAUACAAAACUGCGGACAUUUGAAGGAUUUUAUAAACUUCCCCGAACAAACCCGGACAGCCCCCAAAAAAGAGGACAUAUCCGGGUAAAAGAGGACGUAUGGUCACCCUAAAUUAGCAUGAAGCACCAAAGUCUUACAGAUGACUAUCACCCUGUUAUACAGAUUUUAAGAAAAACUAAAAAGAUGACGUCCAGGUUGUACUGUACCUUUAAAUGGAGACUCGAGGAUGGGUGCAGGUUUGAGGGCGAGGAACAGUUUCUUUGCGUACUUGCUUAAAGCCCCGCUCUUCUCGGUGGGAACAAUAAGCUGGCGAAUGAAGCGAGCUCGGUCACGUAUGUCAUAGUUCUGGUCGUACUUGGCCAAGUUGAGAACGUACUGCGUCAACAGUUUGGUCUGUGAAAGGAAGAAAGAAGACCCUUUAAAUCAGGAGUCUUAAAGGAGAGUUCCUCCUGAGUGACAGGUCAUGUCUUCAUAUCUGUGCGGCUGUUUGUAGAGGAGAGAGCUAAUAGUCAACAAGUCAAACCGAUGUUAAUGAGACGUGGGAACACUACUUGAGUAGAUAGUUGGCUAAUGAAGUAUCACUAGGGGGUAGUAGGCGUCAAACCUGCAUUUUCAAGCACUGAUUAGAUGUUGCCAAGUAGUCACAAAGGUAAUUUAGAGGCUUGUAAUGAUGCUGUAGAUCGUUGCUUCGGUGCCUCUCUGUGUUAGGCUAAAUGGGUGGGUUGCUGCGUCGUUUUAAUCAUGUCCUGACUGGUGAGUGGAAUAAUGCUUUGCUAAAAGUUGACGCCUAUUCUCUGUCGUCUACUGUGAUAAGUUUGGAUAUAGAACUUCUACAUGAAAAAGAGUAUUUAUGUGUGUGUUUUUUUCACUAAUGUUAUAAAUUUGAAUUCUUUUUCAACCACUGUGUGCUGAACUGGUAACGGUAAUGCAUGGGAUGGAGAUAGGCCCCCACCUUUGUUGAUAAUCAAAUGAAAUGAAAGCAUCAUACCUGUUUAGAGUUCGUGAGAUAGAGUUUGGCUGCCAAAUUGAUUAUUUGAAGCUUGACUAUGUCCUCUUCGUUAGUGAACGACUUCGCCAUCUUCCUCAGGACAUCUGGGGCGAUCUUCGGUACGUGCUCACAGUAUUCUCCAAUCAGCCACAGGAUACUGGCCCGCGCCAUCGGGACCUAAAAACAGAAAAUUACAUUAAAUUAAAGAGGUCAUGUGCUUCUGUAACGUUACCAAAGAAAGGGUUUAACACUCAUAAAACUCAAUACUGGUUUUGUAUUAUACAGUAAGAUUUAUACAGAGAUUUGAGGAAGAGGCGCUCACCUGGAUGUUGUCUGUCAGCUUUGCCAUGUGCUUUAUAAUGUCGCUGUGCUUUUCUGGCUGCAUCUGUAGAAGCUUCUUAAUAACCACCACAGACUCAGCUACAACCAGCUCUGUAAAAAGAAACAAAAAGUCACUCUCUGAAAUAACAAAUGAUCUUUUCAGCAAGUCUUCUUCAUCUUCAUCCUACAUUCAGUUACUAAAAUGAUUUGUGUUCAAAAGAUUCUCAUUCAAUCUCUUAAAAAAAUGAUGCUUUUUUCUGGUAGUCUGACUGUGCUAAAAUGGCUUAUAAGAUAUUAACAAAGAUUCAGCCACAACAGAAACUCAUUCUCAUUCUUCUUUAAAUUUAUAUCCCUCCAAGUUUCAUCUUUUGUUCCACAAACUAAAACUCACCAUCACGGUUGGAAAGGAGCUGCACCAGACCGUUCAGGCACGUGUCCCUCACCUCACCGAUGUUGGUUGCACAUCGGCCAAUAGCUUGGAUUGUUGCCGCCACAAAAUCUUUAUCCAUGCUUUUAAUGUACGUCUGCAGGAAAGAGAUGAUUGCUCAGUUAUAAAAGAUAAAUCCUGUGUAACUAUCAUGAGAAAGUUUGUCUGGUUGUGCUUCCCUUUACCUGAAACUCUCUGAGGAUGGUGGAAAUGUUUGUCUCGUUGGCCAGAUUGGUGAGGACCUCCAACUGCACGAAACAAGAGGGAACUUUUUAUAACACUGAAAUAACUGCAAUGCAGCAGAACCUGUAGAAAGAGACUUACAUGCUCAUAUUGAUGUCUACUUUUUGGAACUAGCUUCACUCUAAUUCAAUAGGAAUUGAUUCAGCACGACAAAGGUACAACAUCCUUUGACUGAGUUUUAAACAUUGUUACUUUUGACAGAAGUAAGUGGAUUUAAAAUGAUCGAGGACAGGCAGAAGAUGUCACCAAUGUAAAUCAGUGUUGAGAAAAUCAAUGUGAGUCAAAGCUGGAAUAAAAGAGAAAAGCAAAGGACCUUGAGGACUUUUAUCUGAGUCGGGUCUGUGGAGCGGAUGUAGAAGCUCUUCAGGUACGGUUCAAACAUCCCCUGAGAAAAAUGAAGACAGAGGAGUCAAAAACCUGAAGAAACUCUGCAGCUCAGUCAACUUUUCAAAAUAAAGAUCCUCAAACCAGAAUGUGUCGCUCACCCGUCUCUUGAUUGUCAUUGUUGCCACAUUCUGAAGGACGACAAACUGGACUUCACUGCGAGAAGAGACGGAAAUAAAAGGAACUGAUUAAGAAAAACAUUUAAAAGGAAACCUAAUUCAAUGAUGGGUCAAUAAAGUUUUAAUUGCUUUACAUUCCUGUCUGCUGAACCUAAGACCUUUUCUAAUGCUAAACCCUUGAGAGCAAAAGACAACCGAACGGUUCAAAUCAGGAGCAGUUUACUUACAUGUUACUUCUUACAUGUUAGCUGCGUCAGUAAUACUGUAAUUAACCAAAACUAAUAAACCUUUGAACCUGUCAAUGGGUUGCAAGACAAGAGCAAAAGAAAUUUGGGUGGUUUUGACUUGUACAAAUAGAUCCGAACUGUCCUGGUCCAGAAAGUCUUUUAAAAAGCAUAAUCAGUUUGUGUUAUAUCUGUACAUAAAAAUUUGAUGUCCACAAUUUCUUCUCAUGUUUUAGAUUUGUUUGACUUCUGAGACAAAGAAGACUUUAUAUUUAUUUUUAUAACUGCAAAUGAGCUAAACAGAUUUUAAAGGUUAAAGGUACAGUGUGUAGUAUUUGGAAAAAUUGGGUAGAACAGACUUGGUGAAAAUUGAAAGUAACAAUAACAUUAUUAUUAUUAUUAUUGUUGUUGUUGUUGUUGUUGUUGUUGUUAUUGUUAUUGUUAUUGUUGUUGUUGUUGUUUCAUAAUGCAUCAGAUUUUAUAGCACUUAUUACAGACCCUCAAAGUGCUUCACAUCGACAGCUACAAUAAAGAGGGUCUCCUUCUGCAGAGGCUGCCAUCUUGUACUGCCAUGUUUAUGCAGCAGCACAGAGUAGCAUUUGCAUUUCUGUAUUUAUUGAGUGGGUAUGUAAGGUACACUGGUUUGGAAUAUAAAGAAGAUUUUGUGCAUAAAAGAAUUUUGUCUGGAUUGAUGUUUCCGAUGGUAAAAACUUGACAAAUGGGGCAUCAAACUUUAUAUCCAUCACAGUGGCUUCUUGUCCUCGAAGGCCACCGUCACUCCACUGAGGGAACAUUUCAAUGUCGAAUCUGACUGCCAGUUAUCCCCAAAUAUAUUCCCAUUUCUACAUUUUUUUACUCUAAAUUAUAACAGUGUAAAACUUUUAGAGCCCCUCUGGUGACUGGCUGCAGUAAAGGAGAUACAGCUCAUUAACAUGAGCCAUACUAGGAAAAUAGAGGGUGUGGUGUAGUGAUUGACAGCUCUGUUGACGAAUGUCGGCUUUUGCAGCACUCUGUUUCGGAUUAACACAAUAGAGGGGGAGCAGGGAGAGAAAACACAACAAACACAAACACAAGAGUCUCUAAACUUUCAAUAACUAUGAGUGUGCUCUUCAUCGACACUAGACUCUGUUCUGCUGAGUGUGCUGACUUGUGAGGAAUCUACUGUAAAAGUUAAAUGAGCGUUUUAGUGAGCUGAUGGGGCGGGACUUCAAUCCCUCAUCUUUUUCAGACAGAUUGCUUCUGCACAUGCCUCAGCUCCAAAAUCCGUGGGGAUGGAGGUGUUGGAAUAAUAACAAUUAUAAUAGCUUUUACAGGUUUUAUGCAGUCAGCCAACAAUGCCAAAAAAUAGCCCAGGGAGUAAAGCUUCAGAUUUUCCACUCGUGAAGCUAGUAACCAAAGGACAAUACACCUAAAUUUGGCUGUGAAUUUCUGAAUCUUGGGAAUGUGUUAGCAGAUGUUCUUCAGCCUUUAAAAUGGUUUUAUAAACAAAGAAGACCUUCCUUUAAUAUUUUACUUUGAGUUGUUAUGAUUCAGCAAAGCCACCGCUGACUCUGUCCUAAUAAACAGAUCUGAUGAAACGUAUCUUACAGUACAAUGGAUUUCUGACCCCGUCCCCUGCAGAGGGUUGCUGCUGUUUGGAAGCUGCUGAAUGAUGAUCCCAUUACAAACACACCCAGAGCCACAGGAGUACUUGUUCAAUAAGGAGCUGACAGUUUUCAGGACUAACAACCGUGAGGCCGCUGAUGUGUCACCAUCACUCCUCAUGCUUUAUGCCUCCAUGUUUACCUCAGUCUCACUCAGCUCUCUGUUUAAUUUCACUCUCUGCUCCGGGGCUGGAGAGAUUUAUUUUACUACCCGCACUUAUCCUUUUUUUUGUAUUUCUGUUUUCCACUUUGCCGAGUUUCAUGGUUAUUAUAGCUUUCUCUUAUCAAAUUCAGCCUUGCCUUUCUGCACUCUCGCUUUCUUUUUCGUCUCUUUUCUUUUCAAGUGAAAUUCUUAUUAUUUCCACCCUCAACUUGGUUCUCAGACAUAUAAACAAAUUGAAACGGCACAUACAGAUUCGUUUUAAAAUACCAUCCCAGAGUAAUGAAUUAUGAAACAUCAAUUUAUAUCAAAUAUGAGCCACUACCACUCACCUGUGGCUCCUGAGGAGACGCACAAGGGCUUUGGCGAUCACUCCGACCUCUGCUUUCGGGGCGAGAUGAAAAUACAGCUGAGCCACGGCCAUCACCACCUGAAGGAAGAAAACAAAAGCAAAGGAUUGCAUAGUAAAUAUGAGCAAUAAUGAUGGUGUUUACAGGCACUUAGGUAAGAUGUACGCACAAACAAAGCCUCCUCAUGAAUGUUUAAUAUGAGCACCUAUGAAGUGAAGAUGUUUGUGCAAAGACCUAAUAUAGACAAAGAGUCUAUAUUAAUGCCAUGGGAAUAAUACAAAAGCAACCUAGCAAGUCUAAUGUUUGUGCUAAUACUUUCCUUGCUUUUAACGCUCAUGUAACUGGCAUUUAAAAAACUAGACUGUAGUAUAUUCUGUGUAUUUCUAAGACUCCGACAUUAAAUGCACCACUGCUUCACUUUGUUUGAGUGAAUGCAGAUUUGGACUGGCCCUGAUUUAUUCUGCCGCUGUGCUGGAUGUGCAUGAAAGAGCUGAAGAGAUAAUCUGUCAGUGACUUAUUCAAAGAAUUUUCUGUCUCAAGGUUUGUAAGCAUCCAAUCAGCAUAUUGCAGAAAUCACAGACCUCUUAUUUUGCUUGCAGAUCAACUUGUAAACACAGCAGGUAUUACCAUAUAAACAUGUUGUUGUACCUGGAGUCCUGUUUCAGUCAGUCCAAUAUUUAUUCUUUUCUUUAUCUCAGCUUUUGGCAUCUCUUUGCCUUUGGGAAAUAUCUGGCCCUCGACUGAUAUCUGCUCCACGAUGUUCAGCAGCUAGUUGCUCAUCUAAUUGCUAAUUUUAUCCCUUUGGUGGUGGGCAGUUGGCGACAGCAGGGAUAUCAGAGAUUCUCUAUCGUAACACCUUUAAGGAAGCAGCUGGACUGCAGCAGGACAAAGACAGAAUAAUGCAUGAGGAGGGGAAUUUGUAACAACUUGAGCGGCACAAAAACGGCCUUUUUUUACUUUAUUUUUCAGUAUAGCAUAGUUCGAGACAAUUAUUUCUUUAUAACCAUUUUUUCUUUUUUCUCAAAAAUAAAGAGAGGGGAAAAAAGAAAAGGGAACAAAGGAACACAGGGGGCAGUUCUUACUCCUUAUUUUGCACGUGGUUAACAAAGAGGUCCACAUAGUCUGUUUAUUAAGCUUCAAGCUUAAUAGACAUGGUAGACAUGUCCAGCCUCAAGUGGUAAGUUGGGCUUUCCAAGGUGUAAAUUUCACUCAUAAUGUCCAUCCACUGUCUCAGUAGUGGGCGAUCAGUUCCCUGUGAUAGCCUUUUUGCAUUUCUCAGGUAUGGCUCCCAAAUACAUGAAUUUGGGAUCUCUUUGAAUAAUACAGUGCAGGAUUUUUCCCAGAGUCUCGUUCACUUCGUCCCAGAAAGGUUGUAUCUUUACACACGACCAGAAAAUAUGAGUAUGAGUGGCGUCUCCCUGGCCACACUGCCUCCAACCAAAAACAGCCUUUUAAUAUAGUGCUACUUUAAGUCAUCUAUUUCUAAGAUAAAAUUUUAAUCAAUAUCUAGUAAAUAUUUGUUCAAUAAGGUAAGACAAUAGUGAGCCACCAAUGAAAGCCUUUGUUUUCCUGUAUAAACAAGAAGCAACCUCUGGUGUCGAAGCCAAAGCUUGAGUGCAAAACACUGCACUUCCUUGAGUGGGGCUCAGCUCAUCUUCAUAAUCCCUCUUCAGAAACCAAAGGGCGAUGUCACAGAGACCACCCCAGUGAUUUAUACUGUAAAUGAGUAUGAGCUCCCACCUGUUGAUGUAGUAUAGUGACACCUUCUUCAUUUUUCAGCAGUGGUUUAUUCACUACAUGCUGUUUAUCAUUGAUUGUGAUGUAUAUUGUGUGCUCUUGAAUUGUUUGUCUUGUCGGUUUUGUGCCCACUGUUUAAAGGGAAAUAUCACUAAUUUGUAAACUUUAAAGCAUCCGCAAACAAAUGUGCAAACUCAUCCACCAACAGCGUGCACUAAAGAUUGUGCCUUGCCAAAUGUGCAAAAAUAACACAAACUGUCCAGAUAGUCCAAUUGCCUUAAUGAACGCGCAAAAUCCUGGGAGGAGAAAUGCAAAGCAGUGAAUUUAUGAUUCACUAAGGGUGGAAAUGUUUUUUUCUGUGAUUGUGUCUUAUGUUUGAGGCCUCUACAGAAAUUUAAAACUGACUAAAACCUGAUUGUGUACCUCGUCUUUGCCUCUUGUCAAGCAGACACAGUGCUGAUCUGCUGUCUGGUGAGCGUGACAGUGGCAUGAGUCCCCCUUGUGCCACAAAGGCAAAAGCUGGCACAGUCUCAUGCACAAUAGAUGACCAUCCAUCUUUAAGAGCGGCUGACUGUUUUUAGUUCAUGUACCAAAUUGAAGCCCAGCAGGGUGUCUGUUACUCUGGGAGGAUCUAAGGAGUGGGGUGGAGACGGCCUGUAUUGUUUCUGAGGUUUAUUAUAGGUCAUAUUCCCUUUGUAUUCUUGAUUUCAUAUAUCAUCUUCACCUUUACUACUUCUAUCACAUUCUUUUUAAUAGUAUCAAAAUAGCCCCUCUUACCUUAGGUGGACUGAAUUUGAUGUAGCGAUCACAGCCAGUCUACUUCCUGUCCAGACUCCAUGGAUAAACCAGUUAAACACACAAACCCUAAUUUAAAUUCCACCGCCUCUGCAGUCUUUGCACCUGAUGUCAUUCACACACUUCUUCUGAGUUGAUCACCCAUAGCACAUCAACAAGAGUUCAAAGUGCUGAGUAGGUGAAUUAGAUCGCAGCUGCUCUGCAUUGCAGUACGAGUAACAGAAACAAGCGCGCAAUCGCCAUCGCCACCAAAGAGAGAUUACAAAGACUGGAACUUUAAUUAACUUUCCUCAGGGACCCAUCUUCUGUCCCUAUUUCAGAACGAGAGGAAGUCACCGCUAAGACAUUUCAGCUUCUCCAACCACUGACCUGCUGCUCAAUGUGGCGACAGACUGAAGAAGGACUACUGUUAAGGUGUGUGCAGUUGACUCACAGCAGCAUUACGACUCUGCAGGAGCGGCUUGGUGUUCCUCAGCAGCAGUCGGUGGUCUGGAUCCAUCACGUAUGGCUUCCUCUUGGCUAUGGCUUGAGCCUCUGCCUUCUUCUCUUUAUCCUCUUCAUCCUCGUCUUCGUCUUCCUCUGAGCCGUAGAAAGUCCUGUCUCCGCCGCUGCCCUCCUCCAGCAGUGACUCCUGCGGGGAGAAGGCAGAUAAAAACAGUGUGAGACUUAGAGGGGCAAACUUUCUUUUGCGUGGAAAAAUAGUCGUAUCUCAUUAUUAAAGUCACCAGAUGGUAAUUUGCUCUUGAAUACAUUAUAUAAGAAGUGACACCGUGUAUGAGGAGCAUUAUUAAAAGACCUCCUGUUGAGCUAAACAGCUGUAGCAAUUUGUCACCACAUGCACUGGCUGCCUCUACUGUUUUGUCACAGCAUGACAAAGUUGCUCAAUUUAGUUUCUGGUGAGAAAAUCAGUCAACAGGUGGGUGUGAAAAGCAGAUAAAACCCAAGAGUAUCACCAGGCUACAACCGUGGAGGAGGAAAGUAAUGACCGGAGAGAUUCAUUUAGUAUCCCUGCAACAUCACAAUGGCAAGACUGAAAAAAUAUCACUAAUCCAACUCAAUACAAGCUGUACAACUGCAGGAAAUUCACCUGCGUACUAUUAUCAUUCAGUCCUGUUCUUCUGCUAAACUGGUACAAAACGAGCAAUUUAAAAUGACAGUAUCUUUUCUUUUAUGGGAUCAGCAUGUAGAGUCAAUACAGUGGACUAAACUUAGGAUAGAUUUGCAAGAAAUGGCAAAAUGCACAAGUGUGAAAGCUAGAUUAAGUAGCAGUAAUAUUUCACUGAUUUGCUGAUCGGUUGAGAAGCAAAUCAAGUUUUGAUAACAAUUUUCAUGAACAGAUCUGUUGACAAAGGAAAGUCAUGUAAUGCAGCUUGACACAUAGAAGGAUUGAUGAUUUUAGUUUAGUUUUUCUGUUACAAAGGAUUUUAAAGUUUACCGACUUUCUGAUUUGAGAUUUGUCUGAUAAGUAUUUCCAUUUUUGUCUGAUUAGCAGCUUCGAACAAGUGCAGGUUCUUUGGACACAGUUCAGAUCACAGACUCUAUAGACUUUGUGCAGUUACCAUAUAUCAAUUUACAAAAAGAAGCGAUCUGGUCAAUAUAAGUUUAAACUUUGUAACGUGAAGAAUUUGAGUUUGUUUAGUUCUGGAAAAUCUAUCUCUAUCUUUAACGUCCGCUGACUAUCUUUAACUGUUUCUGCAGUGAGCUGUUGAUCUCAUCUGACAUCACAGGAAUAUGAGAUAACACGGAAAUAAUCUGCCUUUUUUGAUGGUCUUGUUAACUUUUUCAGGUCAAAGGGUUAAACAUCAGUAUUAGUAUAACUCUAUUUCAUCACCAUCCAUUGACUUCACACUGCAGCAUUACUCAGUAAAUGGCCUUUAAACAGUCUUAAUAGUUGCUUUUUCAACAUAGGUCAAGUGCUGAUACUUGAGAUUACGAUCAUUUUAACUAUCACAACCUUUAAAUAAAGAAGGUUAUACACUUGAUCUGCUUCAUGAAUCUUCAGAUAUGCAACUUUUCUGUGAGCUUUAUGUUACUGUCGACCUAGUUAUUAAUCUACACUCGUCAAAUAAGUCAGUCUGUUUUUGCUGUAAGCCAGUCGUCAAUGUUUUUGAAACAGUUUCCUGAUUAUAAACUUUUAAGGACCCUAUCCAGUCAAGACCUGAUGAAUUUACCAAUAUUUUAUAAAAUUAAUUCAUUUGUGUAAUAAAUGAAAGUAGACUUAUUAAAAUAGCAAAACUGUUUCAUGAAAGAAUGAUUGCAAAGACUGAAAUAAACCCUCAGAGGUUAAUGCAGGAGCCAGACACAUGAGAGGAUGAUGAAUCACCUACUAAAUUAUACCUUCAGCCAUAAUCACUCUUGGUGUUCGCUUUUAGGCUCUUUCUAUUUGAAAUGUUUGUGGUAUUUUGUUAUUUUUCUCAUUUGAAAAUAAGCUCAAGCAGUAAUAUCAGUCAGGAAAAGGCGUUUUACAAUGAACACAUAAUUUUCAACAGGGCUUGAGGAAAUUGAAAAGUGAUUGCGUGGACUAAAUCACUCAUCUGUUUUUUUUUUAAAACCUUGAAAAAGUAGUUAUUCCUGGUUUUGCUCAGCUGGAAGAGCAGGCAGUCUUUGUUCAGACGCUACAGUCCACGUCACAGGAUUGAUUUGUGACCCCGCCGUGAUUUGGUGCAUGUCAUUCCCCCACUUUGAAUAAUUAACCAAACCGGGAAGCCAAAAAGCCACGUGUUUUAAUCAAUUCAGAAGGGAAAAAAAGUGCUUAAUAUUCACUAAACUAAUUGGCGAUGGAGGCUCUUACUCACAUUGAUGUUUGGGUUGAGGAACUGAGUCCUGGCGUAGCGAGUCAGCAUGUUGAUGAUGACGACCUGACCCCACUCCUCCACGUCGAUAAGAAGGUUGCAUAACUUCCUGUAGUUUUUGUGGAUCAGGUCGAUGCGUUCUGGACAAACCUCCUCAAAAGCCAUGACGACGCUUCCUGCCACCAGCUGCGGAAAAAAAAAAGAGUCAAACAGAUAACAGGUAAUGCUGGGAUUAUUACCCCAGGGAGACAGCAUGUCAUCUUUGAAGUUGACUGAGGCACAAAAACCAUCCAUGCAGGAGGAAAUUACAUCUCAAGAUGAUGAAGAAGCCCAAAUGGAGGCUGAAUUUUACAGCCUGUUCCUGUUUUUGAUUUCUUUCACUUUUAAAUCACAUCAGUUGAAAUAAAAAGUGAAAAGGCGAGGAGAAAAAAUGGUCAAAGAACCGAUAAACCUCGAAACAACUGAGGCAUUGAAUCCAAUCUAGUGCUGUGAACAGAGGUAAGUUGAGUCUGUGAUUUUCAAACUUGUCUUUUCAUUUGUUGAAAAGAAAAUAAUCUUGAGGAGAAAUAUUGGAUCGGCUAUGCAAAUACCCACCGUGGUUUUGUCAGCAAGGAGUUUCUCGAUGACUUCGAUCAGCUGGUCCUUCUGCUCUGGAUCCAAACUGAGAGCAGAGGAGAAACAAAUCAAUCAAAUACGUAAAAUAAGAAAUGUUGUGGAGAAGUGAGGGAUUACUUUUUCUUCAGAGGGUUCACCUUCAGUUCAGAGAAGGAGCACCCUUACCUGUAGAGUUUAGGAAUGGCGUGAGCAGCCUGUGUCUUUGUUUUAGGUUGUACUUUGCUCUGAACUUUAAAAACAUGGCACUUGUUUUUCAUGGUUUUUUACUUAUUUGCUAUGGUAUAGAUUUAUUUAUGUUCGAUUAAGUAAGAGAGGACUCGCAGAGCGCUGGCUCUGAUCAGCUGGUUUGGAUCCUGCAAAAGAGCAGACUUGAAUUAGCACUAUUUUCACCAUUUUUUUUUUCUUUCAGUCAAUAUUUCGACUUUAUUCAUGUGGAGUCCACUCUCAAAAUUUCGACUUUAAUCUCAAAAUUUAAAUUUUUUUAAUCUCGAAAUUUUGACAUUUUUCACGACGUUUCACAGUGUCAAAAUUUUGACUAUAAUUUUGAAAUUUCCCGACAUUUCUUUAUCUUGAAAUUUCGUCUGUAAUCUCGAAAUUUAAAUUUUUAAUCUCGAAAUACAGACUUUAUUGCAUUUUUUAUCUUGAAAUUUUGACAUUUAUUUGUAAUUUUGACUUCAAGUUCCUUCCUGUAAUGACUUUUUUUCUCUUCAUGUAGCCCUAAUCCUCUUUCCUGGUAAUGCAUUUAGAUAAGGAAAGAAACUGUUCUGUUCUGUUUUGUUUGUUUUCAUGAUCUUAAGUCAAUCACAGACCCUCCUUUUCUAUGUUCUGCCUCCUUUGAGUCCUUAUUGUGUUUUUACUUUAACAGACCAAAGCUUAUACCCUAGCGUUUUUGAACCACUAUCCCUGGACUCAUACUGGGUUGUAACAUUAAAAAGAGUUGCCAACACUCUCCAGUAUAUCAUCCUCUAAACUUAUCAAAACAUCAAGCUCAAAAUUAUUUGUUAAAAUUUUGGCUAAACUGAUGUGGAUUAAAACUGCUGUACCUUUAACCCUCGCUGAAAUGUCGAGAUGGAGAGCAGAGCCAGAUCCUGCUGCUCCUCUGCGUAACGCACCAAGUAAACAUAGACCAGCUUCUUCACCUGCAGGGAGCAGCAAAAAGAGGAAAAAAAACAGAUGGAUAAAAAACAAUUUCAACUCAAAUUAUGGAGAUGAGUUCCAUUAUUUUCACUGAGAUAAAUCUGAAGAGAGGAGAUGCGGCAAAACGAUUAAAACCUUAAAGAGAGGAGAAGAGGAAAAUUUCAAUUUUGUUCAGGUGAGAUAAAGGAAAAGCUCAGGGGGGCUUUUAAAAUAUGAUAAGGUAAGGUAUAAAUUUAAAUCAAGCUGAAGGAGAAAUAAAACAUUAAUGGCUUUAAUAGAAAGAGCAACUUUUUAAGAACUUGAAACUAUAUCAGCUGAGGGAAAGGAGCAGUUUAUACUUGAAACUAGAGUUCAUAACAAACCUCAAUGUUUUUGCACGCCACGUUUUUCACCACAGCGGGGAAGAGAUCUGACGCAUUUUUCCCCCGGGCAAUCAUCUGCAGAAAACACACACAUACACCAGAUUUAAAGCAGAGACUUCAACAAGGUGACAUUUUUCAGGAGUUUGAAUCAUUUGCAACAGACUGUGAAACUUUUUUUAUCUUGUUUUCGGCUUUUUCAUGCCUUCCUCUCCCUUUUAUCUCCCUCGUCCUGCAGGGAAGAUGAAUGAGGGUUUGGGGUGUGGAGCUUCAGAGGGAGGAAUCUCACACAGAUUAUGAAUAUUUAACAGCUGACUGUGCAGCUUGUGUGUUUCACUUUAAAGAUCUUAAAUACAGAACAGUUUGAGUUUGUAUCAGAUCUUUCAUGGGAGCACUUUUUGCCAAAACUCUGCAUAGAGAACAAGUUUUGGAUCUUCAGUCUUCUGAAUUAAUUAGAAAUGUUGCAUGUUGGGUUGUACAUGUGGCAUUUUUUCUCAAAGCUCUCCGCGCCUUUGUCUUUCGCUCGCUGAGCAGCUGCACCUGCUGAUCAGUGAAAUCCCAAAGUAAACAUAAUUCAUACUCACGGCUACAAUCCGCUUCAUUGCCUCCAGCUUCAGCGAGUCUUUGUUGCUGUCCAGCAUCUCCUUCAAGUCGUCGUGUCUGAGGGAGGAAAAAGCUCAAACUUAGCUCAGGGCACGCUAGUUAUUUUCAGCCUACUUCUUAGCGGUACUGCAAACAGCAAAACAACCCUGAUAGCAGAGACUUCAAACAUGAAAUACAGACCUUUGUUACGAUUUUCAUUCAAGCUCUCUAAAUGUAUGAAAGUCUACAAGGGUGACCCAGAAAUGGUUCUCUUUGAAGUGGGAAAUCCAGCCGGCAAAAUAUGGAAACCUUUGAAAGUGCAGCUCAUGGAGUGUGAUAACGGAAAAGUGACAUAAUCCCUGAAACAUGGUGACAUCCAAGACGAAUUAAAGAUGUUUUAGUAAGAUUGGAGUUUUAAAUAUGCGCUUGUCUGAAGAUGUGCUUCAGUAAAACCGUACUCAGGCUCGAGGCUUUGAAAUAUCAUACAAGCAGGUUUUUACAUGUUAAGGUAUAAAUCCAGGAGCGAAUGUUACAGGGUGAAGAUUUUAGAGCAGAAGACACAGGAUGACCAAAGGUUAAUCUGGCAUUUAUUUAUCAGACUGUGAGAGACUGCCUGAGCAAACUGUUCAACAAUCUCAUAUUAACGAUGAUUCACAUCAUGAGACUGCAAAGAGUUUGAGGGUAUCAUCAUCUACAGUGCAUGAUAUUAAUAUUUCAGGAGAUCUGAUGAAACCUGUACAAAAAGGACAAGACUGAAAAGCAAUACAGCACAUCUGUGAUUUCAGAAGACAUAACUCUGGAGUGGAAAUCACUGCAUAGGACAAAAAAAACCUUGAUGACUGUGGAGUUUCGCAUCUACAACUGCAGCUUAAAGCUCUACCCUGCAGGAAGGAGAACGUAAACAUGAUCAUGGAUGCACCGAAAAGAGGAGGGACCACCCAGCUUUUAAUCAGCACAUAGUCCAACAACAAGCAUCUGUGGAGGUAUCAGGGUGUAUACUUUCCACUGAGCAAUAGACGGCUAUUAGACGUCUAGUUUUAUCUUAGACCUAAUUUCAAUCGUCUAGAUUCUGUAUAUUUUUAGAUGGAAUUUAGACAUUUCACUUUAACCCAUUAUUUGAUGACUAUUUAUUCCAAAACGCUAACUGAUCUCCAAGUACUUAACCAAGAUAAUUAUGAUAGCUGUUGAGCAAUAUACAGUGUAAUAUAGAUAAAGCCCAGAUUUAGACUUGGUCUAAAUUUUGACAUCUAAAAAACUUUCAUUUUUAGACCUGCGGUAGCCUGAUUUUAGACCAGUCAUCUAGGCUACAUUUAGACGUCCAGUGGGUUGCUCAUGGCAUGGGUAUUUUUCCUAUCUGAAAAGGCGCCAUCAGCGCUGAACAAUAUAAUCCACACAAUGUCUUUUUCAGGGCGGACCUUGUGUAUUUCAGCGAGACAAUGCCUGACUAUAUUCUGCAUAUGACAACAGCUUAGCUCAGUGAUAGAAGAGUUCAGGUGCUAAACCACCUGCAGUCUCCACUUGGCACAUCCUCAAACAUAUGGUGCACCGUCGAGCAAAUGAAACCCUAUAUCAGGCAAAAACAAGACAACAUUUCAAGACCCCAGAAACUGGUCUCUGCUGUUCCAAAACAUUUCCAGAGUGUUUUAAAUAAAGAGGUGAUGCAACGCGAAGGUAAACACUCCCCUGUCCAGACCGUUUUGAUUUAUGUUGCAUGAAUUUUGCAGGAGCAGGAAUUUUUAUAAAAACAUUGUGGAUUGUCGAUAUGUAAGGUUUGGUCAUAGAUUAAAUAUUAGAUCAAUUCAAAUUUUGAUCUGCUGUUAACACCAGAUGACUGACGAGGAAAUCAGCCGUUAUUUUGAUUUCUUCCUCCAAGCAUCUUAGACCAACAGUAACAUGAAUUUCUACACAUCUAAAAACAGGUACCCCAAAAGUUAGAUUGUUUAUUUCCAUUUUAUGAGAACAGCAGUUGUUUCUAUCCGCACACAAGCUGCUGAAGACCAGCUGACACACAACUCUGCAGUCACUUUAGCUCAUUUUCCCUCUCGGAGACAUUGGAUGACUUCACUCAUGAGGAGCAGGAUCUUUGUGUUUGGAUCUACACUGACAUCCCCACCCUGCUGCAAUCCAAACACACAUAAACAACACAGGAGUCUCGACCAAAACCUGCCAGGAGGAACAUGCAGACAGACAGUGACGGUUAUUCAGAGGCAGCGGAUUGGUGCAGACAGGAUCACUGCUCCAGCUGAGGAGAUAAAGACACCGCCUGGCUGGAGGCUGAAAUGCCAAUCAAUGACAUUGUCUCUCUCUUGUGCUAAUGUCAAGUACAACUGACUUCACAUUGUACAAGAUGAAAAGGGAAAACUUCUCUACAUUCAACAUUUUUGAUAGCCAAUUACCAAUUUUAAAAUUCCCAUGCACAAUGUUAACGCCUAGUUUGUUUUAACUCAAAGCGAACAAACCACCAACACAGACUCGGCCUGAAACAGAUUAAACUUGUCAAUUUGAGGUGUGGGAAUCAAAGGGUGGGGCUCAGGCGCCGGUGGGCGGGGUGAUUAAAUAACCGCAGAGCAGCUCAUUUUCCCUUGACUAGUUUCCUUGGCAACAAAGGAUGCAAUAAAAUGAAGUCAAGUGAUUUCCUGCCUUCCUGCAGAGCCUUUGUGCAUCUGACAGUUUGUUUCACGGGGGACUGAAGGUCUGCAGAGCUGAGCAGCAGACACACAGAGAUCUCCUCCUGAGACUGAAGGUUCAUGAAACUCUCACUCUCACUCUCACUUCCACUCUCACCCUCACUCUCACCCUCACUGCUGAAAAACAGGUGUUAGAUGGCUGGUGAAAUGCAGUUCUGACUGUGGCUGCUCUGUUGUUCAAUGAAAGGUAGCUCUUGCUGUCUUUUGUACUUGGUGUCUUUUAUAAAAUCAAAAGGUGUGCAAUGAUAUAAGAAUACACAAUCUGGUGUGAAACCUCAUUCUUGGAGUCAUGUGGUUAACUUAAAGGUCCCCUAUUAUGGCAUUUUUCAUCAAGUUUAAAUCAGUCCUAGAGGUCCCACAACAGUAAAUUUAAAGUUUGUUGCCUAACAACAGUUUACUUGUUGAUAUCAGCCAGCUUGUACCCCGCUCUUUUUUAGUUCCACUGAGAACGGGCUGAGUCUGCGCCUGUUCCUUUAAGGAGGGAGAGGCUCCCAAAGAAAGUCGAACUCUGCGGCUGCACAAGGACGUUUCUGAAUGGUUGGUUAAAAAUAUUAUGUGUCUUUAUAUUUGUGUUUUUACUUAGUGUGUUUAGUUAUGCUGCUAGGUGGGUUAGCUCCUCUAACACCUACGUCUAUUUCUGAAUGGUUGGUUACAAAAAUGUGUCUUUAUAUUUGUGUUUUUACUUUGUUAGUGUGUUAUGUUACAUUGCUAGGUGGGUUAGCUUAUCUGACAGCUACGUCUCCGCUGUCUCGUCGUUACUUGGUGAAUACUUUCUUUUUGUGAAUACCCAAUAUUUUGAAAAGUGGAAUGCUUAAGUUAUCUCUCGUGACUAACGUGGUUUGGCUGUAAUGUCCCCCGCUAUGUGCAAAAUGACGGACAGAAUGAUAGGAUAGGACAGACAAAAUGCUCCAUCCGUCUCCGUUUCCUCUUCUAGGAGGGAGCUUAUGCGUUUAUGUCGUCAUAACCGCACAGCUUUUCUAUUCGCCCAUUUGCGCUCAUGUUUUCAGAAAGCAGGGGACAGCAAAAGACGGAGAGAAUGAAAUUUGAAUGAAAACUACCCAAAAGUGUUUUUUUCAUAAUAGGGGACCUUUAAUUUAAUCAUCUGAAUAUUGCAUGAACACAAAACAACCCAGAAGGACUUUCAAAAUUUUUGUUUUCUGUUCUUUCUCCACCAAAUGUUGGAAUUUCCUGAAGUGACUAAUUUCCCCAUAACCCAGACAUGCCGAUACUGAAACUCUGAGCCCAAGCCGACCAAACUUAGAAAAAUUACUUUUCAAACUGGGUGAUCCAACUUUUCUAGGAUGAUUUACUUUAUUUCUCUGCCUGAGUGUGAGACUGGUGGGUUGUACAAGGUGUUUUAUUUGUUUUGAUGGUGUGACAAGAAUGCACAGAGGCACUCCAGGCUCUAAGGAGGCGACCGCUGCACGACACAUCUGAUUUAUUAGGACUCCAAUGAUGCGUGUGCAUGUGUGCCAGUUUUCCAGUGCGCUAAGAAAGAUGUCCUCUUUCGUCUUCAUCAAGCAUCAAAGUGUUAAUCAUUUUAAUGCACGAGUGAUAUAGUUCACUCUUUCACACACUUCAAAACCUUAAUUCAUCAAAGAGUGUCAAAUUAAAACCUGACGGUAUCUAUCAAAUGCUGUUUGGGAUUAUUUUUGGAUGUGGGAAAUGAACCGACUCGGGUUUCUUCUUGGAUGCAUAUUUUAGGAUGUGUCCCAAAACAAAUUUAAAAAAUAAAUCUAUGAAAAUUGUAAAGAUAACUCGCCCAAAGCCAUGAAAGCUGAGACGUGAGGAUGAGUUACACUAAUGCAGAUUUCCUGCAGAAAAUGAGGGUCCCACUGGUUCAUUUCUCCCUGUGAAAUUGUGAUGAUGGGUUGCGGCCUCUGGCCAUGACUCCAAAAAUGGGAACAUUUCUAUCAGCUAGUCUCCUUAUUACAGCCUGAAAACUCCUCCAUCCUCUGCAUUUGAUGUCGAGCCUGAAGUGUUGCUUGCCAAAUAAAGUAUAAAGACAAAAUAUUAAAGCAAAGGUCAAACUUAGAGCACCUGAGAAAUAAAUUAUUGUGAAAACAUUGUACUUUUUAAAAUGAAUUUCUUUUCUUGUUAAUUCUUGGACAAAUGUAAAAACAGAGAUCAUGUGAAGCAGUCAAAAGGCAUACAGAAUAGUCAUAAUUUGUGUUUUUAAUGCAUGGUCUUGCAGGAGAAACAUUACCGUGACAACUUUGCAUUUUCAUCUUGUUCACCCACAGACUCUGUGAUCCCUUGAUUAGCCUUGUUAAUUAACUGUGCUCAUUUUUUUUUCUUUGACUUGUUUCUACUUGGCUGGUCAGAAUUUAUAUUUUCAUUCAUACUAACAGGAAAAUGGUCGCUUCAGAACAUCCCUUAUUCAACAUGAUGAAAUGGAAAAAUGAAAGCCUCGCCAUGAUUCAUCUUAAAAAGGAACAUGAACGAGUGCACCAUGUAAUAUUUCACUUAACAUGGAAAAAGGUCAACCUUACAGUUGUACAAGAAGACAGGCCAGGGAUUACAAAUUCUAUAGGGUUUCAUCCUCUGGGCUCCAUAAAUGUCUGUAUCAGUUUAAUUACAACCCAACUAAAAUUGUUGGGAAAUUACAAUCUGGAGACUGCUACCAUGGCAUGCUGUUACUGUGGCUAUAAAACCUACAGCAGGUCCCCAUAAAUCUGAGGCGUCACCUUUCAUGUCGAAGACUCAUAACUUUGCACCAAUAUUCAGGAAUCAUACAGGGCUGAAUCUAAUGACAGAGAGAGAGAGACACUUUCCAUUAAAGCACAAACUCGCUGAACUGCAGUGCUGUUCAAUGAUGUUGCUCUGACCUUGUUUUUCUAUAUUUCAUUUUCACUCUCACUCCUUCCAGUUGAAAACAAAAAUCACUUCUCUGGAUGUUAUCAACAAACAGUCUUGGAAACAGGAAGACAUGAUAGACAGGUCAAUUUGAAUAUUUCAAAGACGCUGUCAAAGUGCCAAAAUGUAUGGCAGAGUACAGACACAUAUCAACCACCGGCUUAAUUAGUUUUACGGCAUGUGUCUGUUUACCGCCUUCAUCAGCUUCACUAAUUAUUUAAGUGACAGGAAUUUGUGUGGCUUGUUUGAUGACAAACAGGUUUAUGACGAUCUAAUUAGAACUGGACCUGAAAGCAUUGAUUACAUUUGCAGAAGCAGCAGCCAAACAUUAGACCUGUCAGCGGGUAAUAACUUAUCUCCUAUUUGGAGCCUCAGACAGGGUACACAUGUGGUAUGACCCCCUACAAGGAGGAUUUGCUUUUUGGGCCAUUUGCUGCCUGUUUGUCAGAAGAAAAAAACAACUCAAUUUUGUUCAUGAAAGCUGUGAUGCUCAAAAGCUACUAGUUUCAAUGGGUACUGGCAAGAAUCUCACGAUACGAUAUGUAUCACGAUACUUGGGUCACAAUGUGAGAGUAUCACGAUAUAUUGGGAUACAUUGUGAUAUGAUACUGCCAUACAUAUUGCGAUAUUCAACAAGUUUUUACCCUUUUUUUGUAGAGCUGAAAAUACAACUUACCGUAAACUACCUGGGUAGUCUAAUAAUAAGCCUGUGCAUCACAUUAUAUUGAUAACUCAAUGGAGAAAUUGACUCCAUUAACCAUUUGAUAUCACUCACAUCAUUUAUUGAAAAUUAAUGCACUUAAUACCAUGAAUGUAGCAGCCAUAAUAAAAACACAGAUGGGACUCAUGGGGGGGAAAUCUAUUGUCUUUAAAUAUCGCGAUAGUACAAUUCAAAGUAUCGAUAUAGUAUCAGGAAACAAAUUAUUCCUUUAUCAGGAAACAACCUACACACACCCAAAACCAGUUUUUUUGACACCGAAUAUACUGAUAUGGGCAAAAUGACGUCAGUUAUUGUUGUAAAUUUCAGUAUCGGUAAAUUUUCAGUUUAUCACCCAGCCCUAGUAUAAUUGUUUUUUAAAUGAUAAUGAUUCACAUCAUUUUAAAGAUAUAAACACCCUGAAGUGUUUACUUGCAGUUUGCAUCUUCUAAAAGACUACACAAGGACUAAGAUAUGAUAUUUGUACAAACAGGAUCAGAUACAGUUGCCUUGAGCCAGAGUUAUACCAUCACAACUGGAUAAAAGUUGGACUGAAGAAAACACUAAACUAAAACUCUUUUUCCACAGCAAAAACCACUUCGGUACGGUUUACGGAGCAAAGGUUAACAGUCAUUUCACGUUUCUUUCCGUUCAAUAAUGACUUAUUUUAACAAUCCACGAGCACCACUUCCGUAAGUGAUCUCAGAAAGAAAGCCUUAUCUUGGGCAUCUCCAUGAAAAAUGACCCUCUGACUGGGUUCAUACGUCUCUGCUCAAGCCCAAAGGACUGACAGAAAUUCUACACCCACACCGGUUCUCUUAUUCCCCUGGAUUUGUCCCGUCCCCCCUGACGGACAACAGCUGAAUUUACAAACAGCUCUGAAUUAUUUAACCCACUGUGGUACAACAGAGUACACCAGUGGUCAGGUUACCCAGCAUAAACCCCAGCCAAGAGACUUGCACAACUCUCCAACUGGAAAGUCUCUAGAAGUAGGCCAGUGUUCAAUGAUAAGAGAUGCAAUUUAAUUUUUCUUCACUAACAGGAAAACUAUGCAUGAGAGUAAAAACAUUAAAAGGGGAAGAUAUGUAAAUGUAUUUGCAUGAAUCAGAGAAAAGCCAGCGUUCAUAAAAAGCUGGUGAGGCUGUUUUACAUAAGCUGACUCUUUUAUAAGAGACUUAAAAAGUUUCUUGUUUUUCUUGGUGACAGAUGAAAAAUAUGCUUACAUAAACCAAUCAUAAGUGCACCCUAGUAAAACCCACAUCAAGUAAACAUAAAAAUAUUCUCCUUUAUCUGUAUGACUCAGUCAAGUCCAAAAGUGUCAUUAUGCCUCUCUCAAAGCAAAUCAGAUUCUGGAGAGCACCACUUUGAAUGUUCAUAGUUUGUUGGUUUGUAGUCUAAUUAACUAAAAGGCAAAGCAGCCAUUAUGGACUUUAAAUGAGAUUGUAUGUCUGAAUUAUGCCAAUGCAUGUUAUAUAGUCACAGCCACAUUAAAGAGGAGCUAUAUGAAGCUACAUGAAUACUGAUCUGGUACGAGUAGAUUCUGUUCACUAAGUACAUGGUCAUGGCUUCCCAAGGCAAUGUGGGGUCUAAUACCGGUGGCUACCAUCGUUUGGUGAUCUUUGAAUGUGAUGUGAUGGCUGCUUCCAGUUUCAUUUUUGAAGCAGGUAGCUGUUAAAAACCAGUAUAACCAGUGGCAUCAAAACCAAUGUUAUCCCUGUGUAUCAACUGAACUGAGUGUCUCCAGACGUUUGUAAUCCUGCUUGGUAAUUAGACCUCCAACUUUAACCCCUUGGUGUACCUGGGCUUGUUUCAAUGCACUUGGACUUCUUACCAGCUGCCACUGUCCUUCCUUUUUCUCACCAUCUACCAGUUUCUCUUUACUUGCUAUCAUAGCACUUAAAUAUACACUAUCUACAGCCACACAAGUAUUCACUGAGGAUGGGUCAUAAUUCUUAACAUUUAUAGAUGUGUACUGAUGCAACUAUUGUCUUAAAAAAUAUAUUUUACAAUGAUUUUUACCAGAGCUUGGCUGUAAAAGGGCACAACUGCCACAUGAAAGCUGCAGCCCAUCUGGGGGCUGUUUAAUGACUGCCAAUUCAUAACAAAAGAAGAAGAAAGCAUUAAUGCCAGGAGCUGGUAAAACAGUUGUAGUUCUGUGGGAUUUGGGACCAGAUAAAAACUGCAGACUGUCAUCGACAAAAAAGUUCUGUGGUGAACUUCGUUAGGAAAUACAACUGAGGUCACAUGCGAACUUUGCCAGCUAAAACUAGCUUAACUUGGGUCUGGAACAGCUAAAAGAGUGAGGCACCCAGCAGAAGGGGGAGUGAGUAUUGAUUAAUGAAUAGCUUUUGUUUUAUUGCUUGAAAUGCCCAAUUCUAGUUUGUACAGUGUAGGAUACUCAUAUUGGCCUGGCCCCAAAAUGGCUUAAAAUCGUACAGGAGCACAAUGAUGCAGAAGUUCUUUGUUUGUGGUACAAUGAAGUAGUAUUUUUCAGUGACUGUAUGUUGUAAAAAUUACCAUUACCUUGUGCUAUCUUUAUUAACUUUAGAACUUAAGCACAUAAUACUUAUGAUACACUGAUACUGACUGGAUACGCACACCACUUAAAGCACCAAUCCAAAUAGUGUCAAUACUAUUUCAAUGUUCUCUUGACAUUAGCUGCGACAUUUGCUGGUGCACUAAGAGGUUGUUUUGGUUGCACCAAAUGAAAGAGUUCCCACAAGCCAAACCUAUCGUGUGCUGUGUGUAUCUACAGGUUGCAAGCACUUCAACUUUGGCAAGGCAAAAAUAAAAUUCAUUUUUUCAGUGGAUCUGAGAAACCAAUGGCAUACCCAAAUAUGAUUCUUUUAAACAUUUCAGCAUGUUGUUCACUUGCACUAAUUUUGAUCUGCCCUGGGAAAAUAGCAUCUAGAUGCCCAUUGACGUACAUGAGCAGGUUCACAUCCUCCUAGAUUAUCCUACCGCAAAGGUUGAGUUUGGAAAGUGCCGCCACCGCCACCCCCACCUCCUUCCUCCAGUGGUGCUCGCUCCUCAUGGUCUCCACCACUGCUUCCCCCUCCUCCACCGCCACCUGUACCUCCAGAUCUAAGGUGUCGCAGCUCAUCAGGCUGGAGGGCGCUGUACCAGGACUGCCCGCUGUCAGGGGUCAGCACAGGGCUCUUGUCUUCCUCCUGGCCCUGGACCUGACUCUGCACCGUCUUUACAAUGUUCACUGCGUUCACUGGCAGCUGCAGCAGCUUCUGCAUGGUGGUCAUCUUCGCAACUUGGGGAAAACCUGUAGAAUCCCAGGUAGAUUUAGAGCAAAGACUGCAGUUUUAUCAAGCUGAUCCCUUUUGCUAAUUAGUUGGAUUAAUUCUCCUGAUCCUCCUUAGUUAGAUUUCAUGCAGCAGAGAGACACCUCAGUUAUAAAUACUCCUUUCCUUUGAGGUUAAAUAUAUCCAACGUGGACACGUUUUUUGCUGAAGUGAUGCAACAAACCUCCUUAGAAAUGCUCCAGCGCCUGGUGAAAGACUUCUCCACAGUGACGAGAAUGAUAUACUCUGAGCUGUAAUCCAAAUCCACAAGAGCCCCAGUGCAGGGUAGGUUUUCUUCUGAUACUGCUGAGUCUGUACGCAUCCAGUGAAGCAGCAGACAUCAGCUGCUCAGUAAAUGGAUGCUUGGCAGAGAGGGGCGUGGAGUUUUAUUCACCGUGAAGCCUCCUCUCUUCUCGCGACUCCUCCCGCUGCUCAUGUGGUCCCUGCUGCUGCUGCUGCUGCUGCACCAGCCUCUCUCUGCCUCCCUGUGCAACACGUCCAUGUACCCGAGCUCUCCAACAAUGACACAGCCUCUCCCAUCUCUGGCCACGUAAUCACUCCCCCCUGCUUCAUGCUUGUCAGCUGUGCUCCGCCUCUUCACAUUAGCAACCAGAAGUCUCGCUUACCUCAUUCACCUUUACUCUCACUCUUUCACAGCUUUCUUUAUCUUCCUUCUCGCUGCCAGCAAACCUUUUUUUCCGUACCCCGGCAGAUGCUUUUAAAUAUCACUCACACCUCCUGCUCAUUAGGUGAAAAAUGCCCCCAUCUUAUUCAUUUUUAAUACUCUAUGAGGUCCUGUUUUUCUCUUCUCUGGUCUUUCGUGACUCAGCUUUCUUGGCAGAGUCGUGAUCAGGACAACUCUCUCUCUCUUUCUCUCUCGCUCUCCCACUCUUUUCUCUUUGGCUGGAACCAAAAUAACUGCCUUGAAGUGCAAUUCACAUAUGCUCUUCCUGUGAUCUAUCACACAUCAGCCAAGUGUCGAAAUUUGCCACUGACUAACACGAUUUUUAACCUGUGAUGUUAACAAGAGAUCCACCUCAGAGCUGCAGCUUUUAGUGCGAGUUACAUCGACAGUAAUGAUCCUGGUGUUUCACCUGAAGCAGAGACAUAACAGAGACAUGCUCACUGAAGAGACAACAUCCUUUAAUCUUUACAGCUUCAUUUGUUUGGAAGGAAAAUCUGGUCUAUAUCUAACACUACAAAAUAAUAAAAAAAAAAAUCUGCAGCCUUUUAAAACAUUAUAAAAUACAGCUCUGGAAAUUUCCUAUCAUUCUGACAACAACAAUAAAAGAGCUGUACCAAAGACCCCCCUCUUUUCCUAUCAAAAUCUUCCUUUCUCAUUUUGGGUGCGGUGCUGCGGUGGCGUCAAAUUCUACAAAUGAAAAAAAGCUAAAUAGGAUGGAUCUCAAGAGGGAUAUACGAAGACUUCCAUGAAUUAAUCAACUGCUGUGAGUGUAAAUCUGAGUCCUGAUGCUGGGAUUCCAAUUCAUUCCUCCACCUCCUAGGACUGAAAUGGAAAUUAGCCUUUUAGAUUUAAUGUGCUAGUUUCAGUGGUUUCCAAAAAUGCAAAUGAGGAUUUUUCGGAAGGGUAGUAGUUUAAUCAUUUGGAAAUAUAUUUGUGUCUUCUUGGCGGUAGACUAGCAGACUGAUACCAGUCUCGUCUCCAUAUGCUUAAUGAAAUGCAACGACAGGCAAAUGGUGAAGUUAGUUUAUCAUGAAGACUGAAGAGAAAUAGCUUGGCUUUGCGGAAAGAAACAGGUUCCUACUAACAGCUGUAGAGUUUAAAAACUCAAAAGGUUGUAAUUUUUUUGUUUAAUACAUAUAAAACUGAUAGAGUGAAGUCCAUUUUUUUGAGAGGUAACUAUUUUGUGACCAACAACCUCUCAGUUUACCCUCAUUGCUGAUACAAACAGUCUAAAACAGGGAUGUGUGAGCUCAAUCAGAUUGACUUCUAAAAAAUAAUGGUUCCCGUCAUUUCUCUUUGAUGCUCUACACAGGGUUUUCAGGUGUCGGGUGAUGACAGGUGACCAACAGCAUCUCCAAGCGUGAAACAGUUUGGUAGUAUUUCUAUGUCAAAAUUAAAGACACAGUUUUACAUAGGCUGUGUCUAGUUAAUGUGGCAUAUAACCACUGCUAACCCACGAAGAGCAUUGACGGCUGGGGGUGCUGGCUCUGCUAGUGUAAGGUUUGGUGAUCCAUCUCCAGCUAUGUUAAAUAAAUUCUGCUAAAUUUUGACUGUUCCUUGAGUGUUAGUUAAAAGAAGUGCAUUUACAAAAAUCGUAAGAGGAAAGAUAUUAAAACAAGACAAAUAUCUUUGAAUGGUUAAUACAAUGAGUAAAUUCAGAUUAAACAAAGGCCAAAAGUCCCCCUUCAUAAUCCACCAAGAGAGACAGACACAUGUUGAUAUGUGUCUAAAGAUCAUCGGCGUUGCUUAUAAACAAAAUAUUCUGCAGAGUUCUUCAGCAGCGGUGCCCUCAAUGAACCGAUAGUUUUAAACUGCAGUAAACGUCCUGACAGUGAGCAAACCUGCUGAACUCUCUACAGUUAAACAUCUGAAGGUCAGUUAUUACCGGCUCACAGGGAAACGAAAAAAAAAAACAUGUUCCCUCAGAGUAUUAGAAGAUAGAUUGACAAUGUUUGAGAACUGAAGCAACAAUCCCCAUCUGCUGUGUUUCCAAGGAGACGACAGUGAAAGCUGAAUCAGCACUGUCAUUGUCAUGUUUACAGACAAACCGGAUGAUCAACUAGAGUUGACUCCUGCAAACAUUGAUCAACUAUGGACAAGAACACGCCCAGCUGACGCCUGCAUUAAUCAAGAGGAGCGGAAGAUAAACAUGAGUGAUUUACAAUCUUGUCAAAAUAUUGGAACACACUCUUAAGGCAAAGAUCUUCUCCCCUUCAGCUAAAGGUCACAGAUCAUCACUACAAACUUCUGUGAAGAAUGAGCUCCCUCUGCUGGUCAACAGUGGUAAAAAAAAAAAAGUCCUGUGUUUUAAUGAUGCUACUUUUAAAUCUGUGUACUUUCAUCACCAGUUUCACUUGAGCAAAAGGUAGGCAACAAACAUCAUGAAAACCAUUCACAGAUCACAACAAUUGUGAAGUGAGAGGAGAGCAGGUUGGGAUGCAACCCAGACAAUGAUCUAAUUCAGACAACCAUGAAUAAUGUUUUAAACUCCACUCAGGUUAAACAUUCACCAAAAAAAAAAAAGUAUGUCCUGUGAGAAAGUUUCAUGUUAAACAGCUGACCUGACUUUAACUGGAAGAAUUCAUGGAUGUUGGUGCAGUAGGAUAUACAAGUCAUGGAAAGGUUUUCUCUACAAAGACAAUUACUAUGGCUAAUAAUAUUCCAGUAGUCUUAAUUAUUUUGAAACUAAUCUUAUUAAAACAGGGAUAUUUUGACCUGGAUCAAAAAUAAGACCAAGAAUUUCAAGGUUUUUUUUUUUUUUUACAGGAUGAUUUAUUUUCCUUUUGGAGGUUAGAGAGAAACAGAAAUAAAAGUAAAAUCAGAAUGAAAAAUAAGCCUGGCUGAUUUACUGACCAAUGAUAGCACUACAAAUGUUUCACCAGGAAUUAACAGAAAUACCAAUACACCAGUGGCGAUUGCUCUAAGACUGCAAGGGAAGCUCGGCUUCCCUUAAAAUGUCACCCCUCAAAAAAAAGAAAAAGUGGUGAAAUACGUACUGCUGUGUGUACAUUUCAUUAACUAAAUACGCACUAGAAAGCCUUCAUCUUUUGUUCAGACACUGUGAUAAGAAGCUGAUAAUCACAGGUAACCGGCAUAACUUCGUUCUCAUUCAUCCUCGCAGCGCCUCAGCGCUUUAAACAGCCGGACGCUGGGCUUCUGCUGACUUCAAUGUGGAAGCUUAAAGUGGGUUGUUCCAGCAGCGAAACUAGACGCUCAUUGGAUAAAUGCUGGGCUUUGUCCCGCCCAUCGGAAGCCCAGCUUCACUGGAGUUCUAUGGCGAGAGGGCGGUCCCGACUUUCUCCCGGACUCCAAGCUUCUGCAUCCAUGAUUGGAUGAGCUGUCUGAGGCGAAAUCCUUUUUUGAUUGACAGCUAAACAAGCGAAUCAGCGAGAAGAAUAAAACAUCUACCAGAGCAUUUUCCAAGUUAUUCAUUCCGUUGUUCUUAACUGCUCCGGAGACCUUACCGAUCCUCAGCGACUUUUGUCUUUGUUAAAAAUGACUGCCGUUGUGUUUGGCGACUCUGUUCUGUUACAUACUAAUAACCAAAUACAAUUAUGAUGUAGGCCAGAAAAAUGAGCUUCCCCUCCUUGAAAGACCAGCAGCCGCCACUGCAAUACACUGUAGGUCUGAGGUUAUUUGAAGACACAACUACAUUACAUGGGUUUAGAGAGCCCUAAUGUACUGAGGUUUUUGACAAUUAUUUGCUCAAAUUAAAGGUCAGUGUUUGUGGUGUGAAAAUUGGGCUUUAAAACUCCUUCUUGAAGCUUUGCAGAAGCUUUACAUAAUCUAUAGUUCAUUAAAUUCAGUACUUAUCUAAGAUUAGUGUCUUAGAAAACCUUCAUUGCUGCUUCUUUCAAGCUAUUGUCUCUUUAAAGGUGGGUAGUCAGGAAUCCGUUAAAGAAGAAUCUUUUUGUAAAGCUUUUAAUAUCAGUCAAUAACUAUUAGUUAUUGAUAACAUUUGGGGAAAUAACGAUAUCUCUGUGUUCUCUUAUGUCUUUGUAGUCAACAUUUUAAAUUUUUGGCACCCCUCUCAUUCAGACUGUAAGUAAAGACGUUCUCCACAUCCCCCAAACUGAUUGGCUGUGAGGUUGACGCUGUUCCCUCGUGUUGUGAGACACGCCCCAUGUACUCGACGAAUGUUCACGAGCCCAAACAAAGUUAGCGUGCUACAAUAUCGGACAGUAGAAACCAACCAGAAAGUACGAGAAGUUGUCUGAAUCCUCCUUUGGCCACGGCCGCCGACACAAGCAUGAAAACGGAGUAAAUACCGGAGACUCUGGCGGAUAAAGGGCGCUUAAAUGGAGGUAGACCACCCGGACAAGAGCUAAAAAGCCGGUCAACAUCAAUGAAGCAGACUAUCGGGGACGCUUCGGGAUCUUCCGGACCCUGUAAGCUGUCUAAUGAACAGGUAAGCCGCUUCAACAAAGUAAGCCAAGCUAACAGAAGUGUUUCUUGUCAAAUGGAACCUGCUGUGUGUUGUAGCGCCGCUAAACUGUUUACCUCGGGUCCUGGAGUAUAUCACUUUAUCCUCGUUUGCUGGUAGUCUGUUGGCAUCUACAGGAGCACCGAUGAUUUUAACUUUGAGUGUACAGCUCCAUUUUAAAAGUUACUAGGGGGUUACUGUUUUGUAUGAUUGACACUUGAUACAGCCAAUGGGCGUACGAAGAUUGCUGAGCUCAUCCGGGGGAUUCGCUGUUUGAGCCGAGAGUCAUCGCAGCGACUCUCGGCGACUUUCCCGCCGAAUUCGUAAACCGCUACUGCGCAAUGUUGGUUUCAGGAAGUGGAGAAAAAACGCGCAAUUACCGAGAACUUUUCGGCUUCAAAUCCGUUUACUGGCGAACCAAUAUGUCCGUAGUAUAUGGGUCAAUGACAUGACACAGUUUUUUUAUGUUCCAAUGGUUUAGUUAAAUUUAAAAAGAUUAAAAUUGAAAAUAAACUCACUAAUUACUUAGAUUUAUUUUCUUAUGGAAGACCUUGUCUAAAAUUUCUGGAUUUUAUCAAUUUUUAGAAAAUAUUCAGGGAAAAUGUAAAUGUGGUGUAACCAUAAACUCAGUACCAAACAUUUCAACUUGUUCAAAAAAGGUAAAUUUCUCAGUAAAACACAUUAUCAACUAGUUUGGCAUAAUCCUCCAUUUGUGUUGUUUAACUAUAAAUUAAUAUAAUAGAACUAUAACAUAAUUUAUCUGGGGGGUUGUGUCUGUCAAGUCAACUUUCUUAAUCGUCAAGGCGGUUUAACCAAAGACUGUAUACACUAUGGACAACUUGGUUUCGCCUCCAGCCUGUGUAGGGAUUUGAAGCCAAAAAGCUCUCGGUAUCUCCGCGUUUAUUUUGGGUCUUUCAUACCUGCAAGAACACCGAGGACUGUAAACUGAUUCGCUGUUUCAUUUAGUGUUUAUCUACAUUUGUUGUACUAUUGAGUUAAAAUGUUUUUUUAUACUUUUCUAAGUUUAUCUUAUUCAAUUUGCUUUGUUUACUUUGUAUGUUAAUAAAAUGUUGAGCUCAUCUCUAGUGUCUUUAGUUUUUAGUACAGAUACUUUAAAACUGGCAGUUUAAAAAAAAAAAACGUGAUAAUAAUCGAGAUCGGACGAUAUGACAAAAUAUAUUGUGAUCUUUUUUUUUUUUUUUUUGCCAAAUUGCCCAGGCCUACUGAAAACACUACUUUCAUAUAUACAGGACAUGAGAUAAGAAGUGAAACGUUCUCUACAGGGGGCGCCAAUUUCAGCACAAACCAAAAAUUCCUCAUAGCAACUUUAAAGCUAAUCAUUGAGUUUGCUCCAAAAUAAAAAAGGUUUCCCUUGAUGUUUGGAGCCUUUUUAACUUUUGUAACAUCCAAACUAGAGUGAUAAAGUAAAGCUACUGAUUUUAGGCUGUCUAUGAGAAUUGUUUUCAUGUUUACCAAGCAAUUGUAGUGUAUACUUUGAAAUGAAGCUUGCCUCUGCCUGAGAUACAGCAUGUAACCAUAAUGAGAACAAGAAGAAACUCGAGCAAAAGCCCAAGGAUAUUUCCCCUUUAACUUUCUAUUAUUUUUUAAAUAGUGUCUAAGUUAAAUAAUUCUAAACUGAACAUAAUCUCAUAAUAAAACCUUCACAGAUCUGAUUCUUGUAUAUUCUCUCAGUGAACUGCUGCUGCUGCUGCUAUGCGCGCUGUCCAGCAGGGGUGGUGCUGAAAACCUGAAGCAGAGGCCUGGCAUCCUUUUUUUUUCUAUGACAACAGGCCUUUAUAACAUCUCAGCACACAAACAGAAGAUAAACACAGACGAUAUUUACACAAGGGGUUUCUCUACUUUGAAUACAGACCAGCGGAUGCGUCUAUAUCCCGCACACAACACCAACACUCGGCCGUUAUUUGACACCACAGCUAAAUCAGAGUGAGAGAUUCAGGACCACAAUCAGAGAAGCAGCUUCAAUUUACGGGCCUGUUAGCAAACAAAGUUGGGUUUGAGAGGGUUUCUGUGCUCCGUUUGUGUAUGAUAACACAGGGGAAAAAAUCACAAACGGAUCCUCCGCCAUUAACUAGCCCAGUAUACCCCCCCACCACUACAUGACAAUACAGAUCCGUCGUUAAGCGGCACCGCGGCAGGUAGCUCCGUACCUUUUGUAGUCGGAGGAGAAAAUCCCUCCGCUCGCCGGGUCGUGACCAUAUUCAGGCUCCCCGACGCUGGACGAGCCCCCCUUCUCGUCGUUAAAAGCAGAGCUGGUCGACAUCGCGGUGGUCGUCUCUCUGUUGUUGUGUUUUUUAUUCCUCUCCCCCUCGCAGAUCAGAGAUGGAGAUUUAGUGCAGAGGGCAGCAGGAUAUACGGCUCUUAAAGGCGCACGAGCACACACGACCGUUAUCUCCGAGAUGCUCAGCGCGGAGGGGGACGCUGGGUGGAGGGAUGACGCUCCGUUGACGUCAUUUUGUAGUCCUAAGACCCGGAAGUACUUGUAGUUUAACCCUCUUAAGAGUGUGAGAAAGUGAACUCACUCAAGUGCUGAAUUUAUGAAUCAUUUUUAGAUAAGUUUACUUUACUUGAGUCAGGGCUUGACAGUACAACCGUUUCACUGGCAUUUGCGACUUAAAAUAGAUGUGUGUGAAUUCUAAAAUGUAUUUAGGGGCACAUGUGCGCAUAAAUAAAUCAGCAGAGGCAAUGAAUGUUUUUUCAUGUAAAUAAAGUGGCGAAGUUAGUCUUAGGCAGCGUUGUUCUCUCCAUGAUGAAGAUAUGACGUUGACGAGCUAAACAUAAGUCUUAGAUGACUAAAAUGUGACAAGACAAACGUGCGUUUACGUUGACGAGAUGAGACGACACGAAAACGCUAGUGGUCGACGACGAACAGAGUUGCAAAAUUAAUGAGCAUUUCGUCAGUCAAACGCUAAACAUAUAUUCUGCAGUGUUGUUUUCGUUGACGAUGUUGUCGUUAACGAAAAUAACACUGGUUUUAGGUUGGAUAUUCAAAGGACAUUUACUGCGGAUCUACCAUAACUGGGAAUAGCAACAGCAGCGCGGUUACAUGUUUUUAAGUUAUUUGACCAGGCAAAUUUCAUUUCACACUGCCAUUUUACUUACUUUCCAAGAAAAGCUAAAAAAAAACAUGUUAGAUUUAACAUAAAGUGACAUUACCUUUAAAAUAAAAUGACAUGUUUUUUUUUGAAUAUUAAAAAUGCAUCUCAUAAUGCAGUGUAUUUUAGGUUGAAAACAAAUAAAAUUUAAAAUGAGCUUUUUUUGACAGGAAAAAAAUGCCAUUUACAGAGUAAUCCAUCCACACAUAUCAUCAAGAAAUGUAAUGUCACACAUGCAGAAGAAACUUUUCUGUCUAAUAGGAACUCAAAUUUCUUUUUAUACAUUACAAUACAAUAGUGAACAAUUUUUUCAUACUGAAUAUAUGAAAACAUCCCUUCCUUUACCAGCUGCUACUUCUGGGUCAACAUUAUUGAGCCAGUAGGUUGAAUAUAAUCCUACAUUUGUAUAAAAUUAUUUUUUAUAUUUGUUAUUACAUUAAGUACUUUAGUCAAGUCAAGAUGCUGAUGCCAUUUUUUUAUAACAGACAUACAGAUUUUGAGCAAAGGAAUUUUACUCUUUAAGAAAUAAUUCUACACACAGUUGUGUUGUAAAUUUUACAGUUUUAACAUCCCAAUACUUCUCCCAUUGCCUGCUAGAUUGUCAUCUUAUGCAUUUUUAAGAAAGUGUUAAACAUAAAUAGUGGUAGUUUUGUGUAAAAGUUCAAUCCCCCCAUGCUCUCAGAUCCGUUUCACUUCAAGCUGAUCAUGUAUGUGAGUUUGCCAAAUGUCGCCCCCUCCUGGCUUCAACCAGAUAUUUCAUCCUUUUUUUUCCCCACAGUAUUUUCAGAUUGAGGUCCAGUCCUGUGUGCUUUCUGUCACAGUUUAUAAUAUAUUUCCCGGAGAAAUUGUAUGAGGGGAUGGUCAGCAGGGAUAUUUUGGGGUAAAUUUUUGGUAAACGGUGGAGGUUACACUUAUUAAUGCAUCAAAUGAAGCACCAGGACAGAAUUUUAUCUUUUGUUUAUUGUAAAGGGAUGAAAACGUCCUGGUUUUUAAUUGUUUUUUAUUGAGCCACCAAAUCUGGCCACUAGGAUGAAGAACAAAACUAAAGAUGUGAUAUUUGUUGUUAGUUGGUUUUUGUAAGUCUGAGCAAGCUGCUUUUGUAAAAGUUGGGUUGCUAAUAUAGCCUAGCAGAGGUUUUAUUUAUUUAUUUUUUAAUAAAGAGACAUUUUUUUCUAUCCAGGGCAAUCCCUUGGCAUAGGCGAAUAGGGCGCCAUCUGUCAGAGGGGCGCACUGCCAGCGCCCUCCCCCUUGGGAAAAAAAUGAAGAUAAAAUAAUUUAUGAUGCCCACCGGCGCCCCCCUUUACUUUUCUGUCUUGAAAUUAACAAAUAAAAUAAGAUAAAGUAACUAUGUUUGUCACUUGGCAAGUCACCUGAUGUGGGGGCGCAUCUCAAGUCAGCGAGCGAGUCAGAACAGGAUGGGUGAUUUUAUUUACAAGUUUUUCAUCAUGAAAGCGACAGCUAAGCUCUUGGGCGCACAGUUUCAGGAAAGGAGGAAAGAGGAGGAGGAAAAGGAGUCCAAAUAUUAAAGUAAAGUUAUGUCAACAUAUUUUAUAAAAUAUCAUUUUGUGUAAAGAGCAUGUUUUAGCUAGCUAGAUUGAAAUAAAGUAAGCAUUAGCUUAACACGCUAAUGUCCGGUGACCAGACGUCCUCUUUCUCUGGGCGCUGGGUAAUUUUGCCUAGGGCACCAAAAAGGCUAGGGUUCGGCCCAGCUCUCUGGGACCAUCACACUGACUUCCUCCUCUUGCCGAACACGUUGUUGAUGAGCUUCGCCAUGGACUUGGAGCCGCUGUAGCGCCUGCGAUCGGCUCUGUACUUCAGGUGCUCCAUCACUUGCCGGAUGAGUUGGGUGAAAAGGCUGGAGAUGUCCUGGUAGCUCUCAGCUGCUGAGACCUCCUGGAAGUGACAGCGGUUCUCCUGAGCCAGAUAGCGGCCCUCCUCCUCACGGACUUGCCGGGCGUGACACAGGUCCUGCUUGUUACCCACCAGACACACGGGUACAUCCACCUCCCUGAAACACAGAGAGUUUCAAUGAGGAGGGGGCGGAUGUACAAUCAUAUCAAUGGCAUGAUAGACUCUUAGGUUAAAUGGACAAUGAAGCCAAAAUGUUUAGAGCUCCCUCUGGUGGCCAGCUGCAGAAUAGGCAGACUAGCCCAAACAUGUUUCCAUCGUUGCAGUUUUUUAUCACACUGAUUUAUGUCCCAGAGUUUCUUUUUCCAAGAACUUUGAUGAACUGAUUUUAUAGACAUGAUUGAUUAACGUGAUAGUACAGGUAGAAUCAGAGCAGAGCUUUGGUUCUGGGUGGACAAACUGGGUUCAUUUACUCAGGCACUGACUGAUGAAACUCUAUUUUACUUAUUAACAAAUAUAAAUAAAGUUAUGAGAUGUGUAAGCAAAAAAUCCACAUCAACUUUCCCCCAAAAAACUCCUAAAAAAGUGUUCAUUUCUGUUUUGGCUGAUCCUAUUUGAUUUAAACCCUCUUAUUAACAAGUGAGUCCAGUAUUUCCAGUCUUUAUCUCCAUUAACAUUCCCUGAUCCUCACUUAUGCUCACAUACUGUCUCUAACAUAAUAAAUCUCUCCCCUCCUCGUUAUUAGCAGGCUUUGGCCCGAGGCAGACCACCUGAUGGGGUGUCUUUUUAUUAGAAACUGAAUUUAUUAAAGGCCUUUGGGUGGAAGAUUGAAUACCUCACUUUUUUAUCAUGAGCCAGUCUUCAGUUUUAUCGCUGUUUGGACCUCCAGCACUUCUCGAUUUCAAGACAGAUUGAGGACAUUUUAGUCUGUUUUGUCCUUUUUACAGCACAUUAGGAUAAAAUACCUUAAGAUGUACAUAAAUCUCCACAGUUCGUUUAUUGUCAGCCUAAAAAAACUCACUUCGGUUACAAGAAUUGAAUGUUGAAAUGCGGUUUGAGGCCCAUGUGUUGGCGAUUCUCUUGCUAAACCCCAUUAUGAAGCUAAAACUGCAUUUCUAUCUCCCAAAACAAGAAAGUUUCUUUUUAUUGUUGGAUAUUUGUCACUUGAAAUUCUCACUCAGCUUGUUUAAACUGAUAAUAUCACAUUCUCAGUUCAAUUUGAACACAUUCCUGACAUUGUUUCCACUCAGAAACCCAAUCCUGAGUGUAGUAAGCCCCAUGUGGCGCCUAAAUCAAAGACAAUAUUUGCUGAAGCUAUUUAGCCUCAGAACAGGAUAUAGUUUGUUACAUCAUCCAGCUCAAAUUUUGAGGAGAAGGUUGAGAUAAUAACCUGGCAGCUGCUGUGAUCCUCCAUGUUUUAAUUUCCUUAAACCCACCGCUGGCAUGCAGCAGUUGUUCUUUUUCUACUUUUUAGAAAAAUAAACCUCCGCUGUGUGUUUUCUCUGACCCUUUGCAGUUGUCCAUACGAGCCUCUCGAAUCUGCCGCAGGACGUUCUUGGCGUUGAUGAAGGAAGUGCGGUCGCUGAUGUUGUACACGACCACGAAACCAUCGGCCCAAUCCACCGGCUCCUCCAGAAUACACCUGGCCUCUGAGCUCUGCCGAGGACAACAUAGCACGUGGUUUUAUUGGCGCAUCCAUGAGGCCUUUAUGACGAGUGUGCAGGUAAGACAAAUGAGUCCGCUGACUAAAGGAAAGAAAAACUCAUGGUACUGUUUACGUCAAAAAGUACGACUCAUACAACCACUAGACAUAUGCUUUCGAAUGGGUUCAGCAACGGCGUAGUGACAGUGGAGCUUCAUUUCAGUGCUGAGGUGGCCUCCAAAAGUCCUCGGCCCCUUAGCUGUAAAAGUGAAACUUAAUACCCAGCACCUUAGCGAAAAGAUUAAUACAUGUUGAAGCUACAGCAGAUUUAAUCCUGCCCUCUUUUAUAAUCCACAUUUCUUCAGAGCACCAAGAACAAAACACCUCUCAGUGCCCAGCCAUGGCCUUCUUUACUGUUCCUCUCCUAUAGCCCAGACCUGACAGAAAGCAGAAAAUCCUUCAAGAGAUUAUCGUCUGAUCUGGCAGAUGAAGGAUUUGCAAAAAUUGAUUGUUUAAUCUUGUGUAAAGUGUGUAAUAGUGAACGAUCAGCAAGGCCUCGCAACACCCUGACAGAUGUCCUUAGCUCUUUGCAACAGUUUGCAGAGUUUAGUUUGACAGGCAGAACCAUCGAGCAGAACCAGACUCAUGUUAGACAGCCAUCUACUGGGAGAACAGCCUUCGUGUCUGUGUUUUUGCUGCCAUGAACACGUUUUGGUGACCUUGUGGAGACACAAACAUCGGCCUGAGGACACGUCUGAACCUCCUCCACCUUCCUCUUUAUUGACUCCAUAGUUCCUUUAAGCAGAGCAGGUCAGGAGGGCAGGACGUGAACAAGUGUUUUUUUAUGAAAGAGUGAGCGUUACAGCGAGUUUAUCCCACAAAGACAAUGAGCGGCUCUCGUCUUGUUGGAGGAGUAUGCCAAUAAAAAGCCAAACUCUGCAGUAAAAAGGCCUCUUUGCUCUUGAAAGAGAAGACAGCAGGUAAUAUGUCUCUGUUCUUCAAAGAGGCGGCCGUUUGGUACACAUCGCCCCGGGAUAUUCUCAUAAAGCCUUCAGAUUCCUGACUUUAAGUGCUGUAUGAAUCGAACACGUGCCGGCCGAAGGUAAACAUCUGAUCACGGUUCAUUCAGGGUUGUAAGCAUGUGCUGCAGAUUCCCCGAAAAGACUGAAAACUGUGUGGUUUUUACAGACUAGAAAUUAUUGGGCUUUCACCUCAGCCGGAGGGUGAAUUCAGAAAUUUCUUCCAUACUUGGGCUCUAAAAAUUCUUUAAACCGCGGUGAAUAAUCUUCAAAUAUUUCUGAAAACGAGAGAGCUUUACUUUUCCCACUGGAGUUUCAGGGAGGACAGGUUUCCAUCUUUAGCAAUAAUGAUUGAUGAGACAAAGAUAUAAUCAUCACAAAUCAUGCAAAAAUCCAGCAUAUAAAACCUUCAAAUUGAGAGUUUUGGUGUAUUUUCUUGAAAAGUAAUCAUGAGUAUCAGAUUCUCGUUUGUUUAACUUAUCUGUCCUCAGAAUUAAAGGAGGAAACUAGUGCGCUCAAACAGUCGUCUGCUUUUCUAAUUAAUUUUUUGACAAUAAAAGUGAGUUAGUGGUUUGAUUUACCUGAGAGCAGGGGUCAAAAACCUCCAGAUUCAGCUGCCUGCCAUCAAUGGACAGCCUUUUAUGGUACAAGGAAUCUGAAACAAAGGAGAGAAACAGUGAAAAAUACGACAAUCUCAGUUUAUUAUAAAAGUGUAUGGGAAACAACAGUAAAAAUGUGACUUCCAUACUGGCGUUGGGAGGGAACAUAGCAAUUUAAUGUAGAAUGACAUGAACAUAACAUGUAGUUGUCUCCCAUAAGCAGAUCAGGACGAGGUUUAGAGAAAUGAAGGACACAAACGUUGACAGAGCAACGAAAACGAACACCCUUUUUUAUCACUCUUGGACUAUUUUACUGUUUUACCUAUGUGCUGUAAUAAUCAGAUGAUCGGACAGCACAAUAAGACUUAAAAAUGGUAAAUGAUAUGAGGUAUUCAUUCUCUGGCCACUUAUAUCACACUUAAUUUAUCUAUCAUGCUGCGUAAGUCGUGGUUUGAGUCCUUAAAAUCAAAAAUUCAGCCUCUUUCGAUGAUCCGCAGCCUCUUAGUUUCCAUCCUCAUCGGCCAUGCAGUGAUCUGAGUGGGUGGAGAUGCUGUCAUAAUGAGGAACUGAGGGGGAGGGUUCAAACAGAUGCAGAGGCGGAAAAACACAAAAGAAAUUUGGCGAGCGCCCCAGAAGAACCAGAAGAACCAACACCGCUGCACAAAACUAAAAAUCAAAGUCUGACCCUUUAAGGUUUUGAAGCACGAGUUUCAGUGUGUUUUCAAAUGAACAAAAACCCCAAAACAUAGAGAUGUUUUUAAAAAUACUUUUGUCUACAGAGAAAAACUAUGAAAAAGUAUCCAGCAAUGCACGGGAAAGGGUAACUAAGCAUCUAUUUUGAAACCAAACCUCCAUCAAAUCAUCAUUCAUCAAAUCUGGGAACACUUACUGGCAUUUGAAGCAUAUUCACCGAUGAAGCGUCUGGUCAGGAACCGCACAAGUACAGCUAGAAGAAACAGACAAAGAGAAAACCCACAAAAUGACUCAUGGCAUCACUCCACACUCAUGCCUCACAGGUGGCAGCGCUGGGGGUAAAACGACCCUGAUUUACUCCUGCAGGCCAAGCGCUGCGCCGACCUUGUCUGGGAUUUUCUGCGGUGAAACUGUAGCCUCACAUUUACGUGGCUGAGCGGCUUUCUCUGGAUGACCUGCGUGCAUAUUUGGAAACAUGCAUGGUUAUAUUUCCCCCUCUGUUUCAGCUCCAGACUGCCAGCUUCAUAUUAAAUAGCCAGUUCUGGUCUCCGAAUCAAUCAGUCACAAUUUAAGGCUGAAGUUUCAUGUGAUGAAUGCUUGAGGUUUGUUGUUGAUGGUGGUCAGGGGUCUCUGAGGGGUUUUACUUUGUUUAAAAGGUCAUGCAAAUAUGGAUGUGGCUCUCUCUGAGUGAGUCAUGCAGGCAUUCGUUAAGAAAAUAACAAAAUUCAACAUAUACAAUGUUGGAGCUCUGGAAGUUUGAGUUAAAAAAUGAUUGGAUGUUUUAGCUGCACUGAAACCAACCUUCAGUUUCAGGGCCUGCCUCACAUAUUUGUCAAGUAAAACACAAAAUUUUGCACCAAAUGCAGCAACCAGAGGAGUCUACAGCAGGAAAACAUAAAAACCAGCCACAUAAGGACAUGAAGCCCCCAGAGACCUCAGUAUCUCCACAGUAACAGCUCCACCUCACUGCCAGGACUGUGAGAGCGCAGACGUCCCAUUGUUUUAUGGAGCUUAAACACAGCGCAGAGCCAGUCAGACCGAACACUGAUAGAAACAAGGAGACCCCAAACAGCAACAAGGGUCCUAUAACUCCUCCUUCUCUGCUUAAACAGCAUUUUUCUCUGAAUAAAGAGCAGGAAUGUGGCGAGAAAGAGUCAGAAGAGGUGCAUAAUACAGAUUUUCUUUCAUAGAGGCCAAGAAUGAGUUCAACACAGCCGAGCCAGGCAUCUCUGUGACGGAUGAGUUUUAACUUUCCAAAAGACUGGAGGGUGAAAAUAAUCUGGUUAUUUCAGUUCAACCCUAAGAAAUGAAGGAGCCGUUAAAAUGUUACAUAACAUGAAACCAGAUCUGAUCUGCAUGAAAAAUCUGAUCUUUACCUGCAUUCAUAUAAAUCUCCCUGGAUUCAUAUUUUAUGAGCUCAUUCAACCUCCAUAAAUGCCCAGGUUAGUCUCCAGUAGUUUCUUUUUCGUCAAAACCAAUACUUUCAUUAAAAGCUGAUCUUAAAUUCUUCCUUCUAGUUCGUUUGAUGGUUUUAAAACCACAUUUCUUCCCUUUAUUUCACAUUAUUUCCAUUAUAAUCACUAUAUCUGCUCAGUGAAAAUUAAAUAUUCAGUCGUUUUGCAUUUUCUUGUAUUUUAUUUUUUAAAAAUGUCCCUAGUGGUGACUCAAGGAACUGAUUUUUUUUAUUGGCAUUAGCUUCAGUUUCCUCGGCCAUGCUCCAUAUUUGCUUGAAAGCACAUUGGCCAUUAUUCAAUGAUACGUCUAUGAGGUUUCAUCCUGUAUAGGUAAAAGUUAGUAAUAGACAACUUUAUGUCAAGACUCGGUACUGCACAGUUUAAAGUCCAUUUUUCAACUUUCAAAGUUUUCAGAUCAAGUAUACCGUAUUUUUCGCACUAUAAGGCGCACCGGAUUAUAAGGCCCACCAUCAAUGAACGCGUCUAUUUUUAUACAUAUUAAAACCUAUUUCUGGUUCUUCAUCAACAAAGUCACAUCACCUUCUGCCACCUCCUGAUCGGACUGUGGAUCACAAUGCUAAAGCCGAAACAUCAGACCAGUUUAAGUGAACUUAAUGUUCGCCAUACAUCCCAACUUACUCAACCAAGAGGGCUCCGUAUCCCAUUAGGCACAUGUUUUUCAACAAAGUUAAUGGAAACACAAGCAAUUGAAGUUUCUCAGGGUAAAAGCUUCAGCUGACUCAGAGCAGUGACACAUGUUAAUCCAAAGGUCAAUCCACUUGGAGCGAACGGCAGGAAAAGAAAGAGGAAAGUAUGUCAAACAGCGGGAUGUUAUUAAUAAAGCCGCAGGUUGGAGUGAUUGUUCUGUUAUCGUUCGAACGGCAUGAACAGAUUUCUGAGAAUAAAAACAGUUUAAGCGGAGAGUUUAAAAAAUUUUCUUAGUUAUCUGAAGUACCUUUAAAUGCUGCAGUUAACUGUGGCUGUGAGUUUAAAAGGACAUGUAGAUUUCUGUCAAAUGAAUCCUGAAGUAAAAAAAAGCUCAUGGAAAGAUACCGUAUCAUGACAGAAGAUAAAAAAUGUCUUAAUUUUGUCUCAUUAAAAAGAAAAAUUAACAUUUUAUGUUAUCUCAGGUCAUCAAAACAGCAUCUAACAUACAAAAUUUCUCAAAAAUACACAAUGUUCCUUUGUUUUUUUUCCUUUAAAUUACACCUAAAACGGAUGAACAUACAGUUGCUGCAGAUAGAGGUGGCUUUCCUUUUGAUUUAAAGCUCCUGUGAGAAUUUUUUUAGCUGAUACCAAACUGACUGAAAUUAAUAUUAUGUCUUUACAACCCACAAUAGCAAAAAAAGACCACUAACAAGAAGAUUAACUAGUUUUAUGUCUGAAACUGAUGGUGGGGGGUGGGUGUCAGCGAUAAGUUUAACUGCAUGAUUUCAACAACUGUUAUUCAAGAGGUGAUAAAACAGCUUGGUAAAGAGAGCAGGAUAAAUUAUUUUUUCUUGAAACACUAACUUAAAAUUUAUAGAACAAAAUCAGCAGAAACCCCUCUGUCCACAGGGGGUGCCAAAAUCAACGCAAACUGUAAGUUACCCACAGGAGCUUUAAAAUAGAGGGUGUAAACAUUCAAUCACAUGGAUCUAUAAGAACGAAACCCCCCAUUGAUAAGUUCAAUUUGAGUGUUUUCAGGGUAAAUCAAGCAAGUUUAUUUAACUAACAAACUAAAUACGGAACUUGAAAAAAAUAGUCUUGUUGAAUCCAAUUUUUGUGAUCACAACACAACAAAAACACUUCUUUUUCAGCUUGUCCAUGCAGAUGUGUAGAUCUCAACCAUCACAAAUGACAUUUUCUUGAUGUUUACUCAACACGCAACUUCAAAAUUUUAAGGCAUUUUUCCCUAAUUAAUGAUUUUUUGUUUCAUAAACAUAUGUAGAAGUAGGAAAAAUGGACUUUGUGAGGUUUUAAGGAGGUGUUAGGUCCUGCAGGUUGUCACAUUUUAUCACAUCCUGGUCUAAAACUGUAAGUCCAGAACUGUUUAGUAGAUUAAAACCUAAAGUAGUAAACAAAAGUUAUUCUCCAGAUUGUUGAAAUGAAGCCUGUUUGGGUGUUAUUACUUCAGCGCAGGUAGGAAACUCUGAAACUGAAUCAUGAAGUCAUUUUCCAAGAUCAACAACUGAAUCAAUCAACAGAAACUAAAUAUGCAACUCCCUUAUGACAUGGAGGUUCUUGCUUAAUCCAAUUUUGUUAUCAAAACACAGCAGAAAUACUUUAUUUUUUUCAUCAUACCAUUCAGAAAUUCAGAUGUUCUUUGCUUUUUGCUGUUAGAAAUGUGAUUUUAUAGAUGUUUUGAAGUGUCAGCAAGAGAAUAAAGAUAUGACUCAGCAUGCCAAACAGAAACUUAGGAACUUUUUCCUCUGUUUUUGUUGAUCAAAAAGUACUUAUCGUAAAGGAUUGAUUGCUGUUUCCAAUUAGUAUGAGAUCCUCCAGAUUGUCACAUUUUGUCACACACUGUCCAAAACUGUUACUUGAGACUUAUUUGUUAUUAAAGGUUAUUUUCCAGCCAAUCAAAAUGUCAGCUGUUUGAGUAUUUUUACGCGGAGACAGGUUAAAAAAAUUUGGAAUUGACAUAUAAAGUGCUUUUUCAAGAUUGAAAUCCUGCAUUUUCAACAAAAUUGUGAGCAAAAUAAGUGAAUAAACAUCUUUCUCACAGCACAGAGAUGUUAGCUGAUGAACUGCAGGUACUUUUUAAAGAGCUGUAUUAAACGUGAAACCUCUCGUAGCCUCUCACCUGAUUUCCCGGCCCCCGGGCUCCCCAGCAGGGCCAGCUUGAUGUCGUUCAUGCCUGCGCUCUGUCAGCUCCUCGGCUCUGUGUCAGAUCUGGGUUAACGUCUGUGGCUCUCUGAACGCUCCUUACAGUCCGAGCUGGAUAGGAGUACAGGACGGCCCCCCUCUCCUCCUCUUCAAAGAGCUGUUUUACUUUUUAAAGCCGAAGGGAGAGAGGCGAGGAGAGAAGAGGAGAGGAGAGGAGAGGGGGAGGAAACAAGCGCCCCCUUCUUCCCCCUCUCCGUCUGUCUGUGUGCCAAACUUUCCUCCACGCUCUCACACCUCUCUUUUCUCUGUUUUCUCUGCCUCACUCAUGUAUCCAACAAAGCUCUCUCGCCCUCUUUUUCCCUUUCCAUCCGUCUGUUUUCCUUCUCUCUUUCCCCUCUUGCUCACAUAUAUCUCUCUUUUCCGUCUCCCCCUCCUACAGAGAGGUUAUUCAAAGGUCACGUCUGACUAAAGCUAUUGUGCUGCUGCUCAAACUCUGGCACUGUAACUGUAGUCCGGCUGCCAUCCAGGGACAUUAGCGUAAUUCUUCAUGCUGUUAUGAUACCAGGGCCAUUCCCACCAGGAAGAAUGAUGGAGUGAUAAAAUUUUAGGAAUGACUGAUUUAAAAAACACUGAGGAUAAGGAGGGAUAACAAAAGCAGAUUUUUAGGGCUUAAAAUGCCACCUGAAAUAUGUUCUUAUGAAACCAAGAUUUAAUCACGAUUGCUUUUAAUGAACACAUUUGUCACGCUCGCAAAAAUUUCCUACUUCAGGAGACGUUUGCCUCAGAGUGUUUUUAUUGUUUCUCGUGAUAUCCGGUGUGAAAUAAGGGCGCUCCUGACAUUUAGAGAGUGAUUCAUGGUCUGAAUGAUGCUUCUGUUAAAAGUCAACUUUUUUCUUAAAACUCCUGCAACGAGUUUUUUGGCAUUUAUGAAAAAGGCCAAAAUUCAUACUUAUGUACAGAAUACGAGACAGCCAUGAAUUUUUCUUUUUUCGUGAUAAUAAAUUAUUGUAUUUUUGUUAUUUCAACAUAACAAAGGCUAUGUUCACACUGCAGGUCAAUUCUGAUUUUUUAACCAAAUGUGACACAUAUCUGAUGACAUAUUCUAAUUUUUUCAAAUCCGACCCAGGCCUCUUUUGUAUGUGGAUGAAAGAGAAAACAAAACUGUUAUAUUGCACGAGAAAACAAACUGUUUUAUUGAGAUAACAAGAUAAUAAGUUGUUAUCACAAAUCCAUGGCCGUUCUUGUCUUCAAUACUAUGAUAUGCAAAAUCAAACAAGACUAUCGGUGAUAACAUUGACUAUCCUUAGUGUCAGAAACUGGUGGGAGGGAGUAGUUGUCAGCCCCGCAGCGUUAGAAACAGCCCUAUGAACAAUGGAUUUGACCGUUAAAGAUCAGCAGGAUGAGGUUUUUGUCAGAAACGCCACUUCAGCAUGUACAGGAAAAAAUAAACAGAGACUGCUUUGUCCACAGGGGGCGCCAAAGUUGGCAAAACCUGAAAAUUCCCCACAUGAGCUUUAAUCAAGAUCAUCAUGGUUUCUACUUUCUGAUGGAGCUGGACCAACGACUUCUUCCUAUUUUUAAAGCUCCUGUGAGAAACUUGUGUGGCGCCUCCAUGUGGUCAGACUUCUUAUAGCUUUGUUCAUUUUGCCCCAGAUGUGUUAGUUUUCUAACAAAAUAUCUUCCCUUGCUUAUUUUAAUUUUAAAAUGGAUCACUCAUGAAGAUGUUUCUGUAAGACACAGCCUUGUAGCUUCAUGACAGCUCCCCCUGCCAAUGGCUUUUAGACAUUACAAGUAAACAUGUGGAAAUGAUCAGAGUUGUUGCUGAUGGGCUGGUUUGCUUUUAUAGGUCAUAAAGAGGCACCAGAAUUAAUUUCAGUCUGUUUUGUUAGCAGAUAAAAAUCUCCUCGCAGGAGCUUUAAAACCUAAUGGAGUGUAAAUAAGGACAGAGUACUUCCUUGAAACGAUUAAAACGACACAUGUCCUCUGAAAUGAAUGCAAACAGAAAGCAGCUCAGACUAAAACCAACUCUAGUUUACUUUCCACCUGACAGAUCUGAAGGCUGUGAGAUCACUUCUGCAAAUGUAACACCAAGGUCUGAAAAAAUAUCCGAUUUUCAAAAAAUGGCAGUAACUAUCCGUCAAAUGAGGGAAAGGCUGGAACGACACGUUACUUGCCUUACUGCCAUCAUGUGUAAAAACAAGUCAAUGGUAUCUUGAAGCACAACAAUUUUCCAAUUCUGUUAAUUUCAGGGGUUUUUAAAAUCUGAUUAUCGUUUUUUUUUUUUUUUUGAAAUAAAAAGGUUUAAAACUCCAAUAUUGUCAAAAUUACACCUUUAAAGGAGUGUUGCUCUUUUUUGGCCUUAACGGGCUUCUGCAUAAGUAAGUUUUGCAUUUCCUUAUAAUGAGGGAACCUGCGUGUUUAUAUCCCCAGGUGGUGGAGUUGUUGUUGACCUCUUUUUAAAAAGGAUCUGGCAGCUUUAUACUGAGUGAAUCAUUAAUAACAUUUGGACCGUGGAAAGUCGUUUUAUUGUAAAUGUUCAAUGUGCUUUUAUUGCGGGGAGGCGGUGAUAUGAUCAGGAAAAAAUGUUCAUUACUUUGGCUUCGUCCUCUUUCAAGCGUGCAAUCACAGCUCAACAGACUGAAGUAGGGCUGCAGCUAUCGAUUAUUUUAGUAAUCGAGUACUCUAUCGAUUAAUCUGUCGAUUAAUCGAGUAAUCGGAUAAGAAAUGUUUUGCUCUCACUGUAAUACUUUGCAUUGAAUCACGUUUGCCUCAUUAAAAACCAUCAGUAACACACAAAACUGAAAUAGGCCAGGUCUUUCAAAUGAAUAUUUUUACUGCAUAAAUCAGGAACCAAAAGUUUUACAUUUUACCAUGUAGUUCACAUGAAACUACUGAAGGCAAGGUCUGCAGAUGGUCUUUUAAUUGCUAUGGUAAUGAUCUUUGCAGUUUUCACUAAACCAGUCACAACUAUUUCCAGGCUUUGGAUCUAAUUUUACUUGUUUAAUUAAUAGGCUGAAAUAAUAUAAUUCUUGGAUACUAACAUAAUUUGACAAGCAAAUGUACAUUUAUUCAAUAUAUAAAAGUGUUACAUUUUUAUUUAUUUACUUGUGUGUUGGUCAUUUUGCAGCCCUCUGCUGCUCAUCACACGCCUAGCAGCAGUGGCGGUUCUAGACCAAAUUACUCCCCGGGCGAGCACCCCCCCCCCCCCCCCCCCAACACACACACACACACACACACACACACAAAGAGAUGGUUUUGUAUUACUAUGUAUUAUUAUUAUUAUUAUUAUAACAACAAAAAUAAAAUAUUUCUUAAUUGCAGAAAUCCUUCAAUAGAAAAAAACACAAUCCUGAGGGCCAUUUUGAGAAGGGCCCCCAGAUCCUGAGGUUUUCUGAAGUGUUAAGGUUUACAAAAAAGCUGCUAUCUCGGCCUCUGUAGUAGAUAGAAACAAAAUUCAAAAAGUAUUUGAGAGCUUAAACAUGUGGCUUUCAAGGAAGCUCUCUUUUAGUUUUGUGAACCUUCAUCACAUUUUUGAAAACCUAGAACAAACAAACUUAAAUGAAAUAAAGCGGCUGUAUAAAUAAAAGUAAAGGCUCUGCACUGGAGAAUGACAAAUAAUUUGCUUUCUGUAAAACAAGUGGCAGUCAUGAUAAAGUGUCCAUUCAAUACAAAUGUAAAUAUAGAAAAUAAGGUGUUGAAAGGGUAUACAGCUGCCCCAGUAUAGUGCCAGUACAAAAGCAGAACUAAACACUAAAAAAUGAAUAAAUAAAUACGUGGCUGACAGUGUGUUCAUCUCUGUUCUCACCCAAAGUCAUGCAACACUCAGAGAAAACGCUGAUAGUGUGAGCCAAAGCACUCCAUAUGAAGAGGUUGUUCACACUGCUGGAUGUUUCUCCUCUGAAGCUGCUCUCUACCUCCGUCAUUGUUUACUUUACUCAUGAAGCUCAUCAAGCACGUAGCAAGAUCCGAGCAUGAACCCGAGCGCUUUAUUCGCCUAUCAAAGGCAGACGGGUACGGUGAUUUCAUUCACCGCGACUCCAGAAAUGAUUAAAAAACUACAAAAUGACGUAUCCGCGCUCCCGCUGAUAUGCUGACAUGCGUACACAGAGCAGAGCUGUCCCCCCGCGACUCUCUCCCCGCCUCGUCUCACACAGUCUGUCAGCCUCUGUGCAGCACCUUCGGAGCAAACAGGGGCGCCUACAGCAGCGGGGGAGCGCCAAUUUGACAACAAGAGUUAAUACAAAACCGCUUUGCGGUUAAGAUUUAUUAUUAUUAUCUUUUAUUUUAUUUUUUUGGAAGUGCUCGUGCCGCCCCCCAUGAGUCAUGACACAAAUGCCGCCCCGGGCGGCUGCCCUGUUCGCCCGUGCCUAGAACCGCUACUGCCUAGCAGGUGGUGUAUAGCAUUAUCACCAUGGAUACACGGAUGUUUGUGUGAUUUUUUUCAUCCACUGCCGCCCGGUUUGUGUCGUGUAGAUGUUGAUUAUGAAAACACUUCGCAAUAAUUUGGAAACGUGAAGGGGGAGCUGCUGCUGCCCGGUGUUUACGGUAAAUAGACGCAAACACCGACCAAGUGGACGCUUCGGUCUCCGAAAACGCCGAGACAAAUUUACAAACAGCCACUAUUUCAAACAACUGGGCUCAUAAUCGUGAUGUAAACACUUACUUUCUCGCUAGAAAAAAUAUUAUUAUUGAAUGAAUUUAUAUAAUUUGUCCGGUAUGCAGUCGUUCUAUGUAGCUUGUGGUAGGACUAUUUAAAUUUUCCCGGCGCUGCGUCCGGCCGGCACGAAAUGCAUUCUGGGGUAUUUAGUAUGUAUGUGUGUAAACGCUCGGGCAGCCGCGGCAUACUCAAAUCAUCUUUGAGUAGUCAGUAGGCAGUAGCUACUGCUUGAGUAGGUAAGUAGAUAGCAGGCAGUAUGCCAUUUCGGACACAGCUUCUGUCUGUCCUCGUUUCCCUCCAUGAUUGAACCAAACGCGCGGCAGCGGAAGGAGCGGAAAGAGCACGCUUCUGCGCAACAGAAAUAAGCGUCCGUGUCAAACACCGUGCGCUGCACAUGGUUCCGGAUUUAAACGAUUCCUCGAGGCAUAUAAUUUGCCUCGAGGAAUUUUAUUAAUCGAGUUACUCGAGUUACUCGAGUAAUCGUUUCAGCCCUAGACUGAAGUAAUACAGUAAAACUGAGGCUUUGAGCGGCGUGCAGAGGUAAUGACACGAAAGGGUCAUGAAUAAAAACAUUGAUUAGAGCAUCGGUCAAAUAUCUGACAUCAGACUCAAUCAGCUCAGUGAUUAAUCCGUCUCCUUCAUCUCCAGUCACCACACAAUGUGGCACACAGUAAAUAAAUCAUCCGCCUGUUGUUUGAUUUCAGCCACACCACCGACAGCCAGCAAAAUGAAUUUUCUUUUGACCAAAACCACAUUUUCGUCCCCUCUGACCCUCCUGCACGCUCGUUCUGGGGCACGACGGGCCCACUUCCAAACAGCCUUCAUUUGAUCUCAUAUCUGCGUGCGUGCAAAGUCGACGACCCUCGUCCAAAACAGAGUCUUAAAUUUUGCUUUUGCCUUUACAGAGAGCUGUCAGGACUUGGCUACACUUACAUUGAUGUUAACAGCAUUUCCCAAAAGAAAAAAAAAGCGAUUUAGAGCCCUCGUUUAGGGUUGUUAAAGAGUAUUUACAUACCUGCUUGAUGAUCGUUAUAGUUGGACUGAAGCCCCCCCAAAUUUGGGGUUUUCAUCGUCCAAUCCCUUCAAACAUGACAUACAUAAACAUGGAUUCUACAUCAUUUUAUAAACACAGUAUUUUAUUCCAUAUGUUAGUCUUUGCGUCAAGUAAGCAGCCAAGCACAAUGGGAGUUUAAAAAAGCUGCAAAACCUCUUUUUCAGGAGUAAUGAGCUUUAAGGAUGUUAUCUUUUCAUUUAGUAAUGUUUAAAAUACCAUUUACUCUGAAAUUUUGGCUUGCAUGAGGCAAAAUAAUUGGUAACAGAUAACUUUACAUCGAUUGAGCGUAUAUCAGGACUGAAGUCAUCAGAGCAUUUUAAAAAAUACUUUGCCUUGCUAUCAUAAUAAAGGAUAAUUCUAUGAUAAAAAAGAGAUUAUUUUGCAUAUUAAGAUAGAGCUGAUGACACUGAAUGCACCAAAAUGCAUCUGCACAAGAAGGAAACUCGAUAAACUGCUUUUUUUUUACUCUGUAAUGGUGGAGAAAACAGGAUGAAGUAGCUUCUUGUGGUUCACUUAUCUGCACUCAAAGAUCUGCAACACAGACUGAGAGGAUGUAAAGAUGAUAUUGACAGAGUGAAAAAUGAGUAAGAAGCUCUUCAGAGGAGAGUCCACAGAAGGUCCUUUUUUAUCAGAAAAAUGUACUAAGGUAAUAGCUUAAAGUUCAGAAAUUAGAUCAAGCUUUUCAGUGGAGAAAACAAGCUUAAGUGCCUUUUCAGUGGAGAAACUGAUGCAUAACGCCUCCUGCCUCCUAUUUUCUCAUACACAACUGAUAAAGUUAUAGUGUCAAGGAAGUCCAGUGGAGAAAAUCUAAAAGUGUCUCCUGUGAGGAUUUUUUAAUGGAGAAAGUUUUGUGCACAACAUCCUUUAGUGGAGAAAAGUUGAUAAAAAUUUAAGUUACAGGGGAGAAAAUGUUAAAAAUUUAAAGAAAAGUGUCUUCUUCAGUGCCCCACCAGAGGACUUCAGAAGAAACAACAUCCUAGUGGAGAAAACUUGGAAAAGGGUCCUUUGGGAGGCCCUCCAAAUGGAGACGGUUUACCAUACAGUCCCUGAACAGCCUCCUAUGGAGAAAGUAAGAGUAAAAAUUCUGGUGGGGGGGAAUGUAGUGCACCAUUAGAGGACUUCAUGUGAUUCGAUGCCCUCUAUGGUGUCAUCCUAGUGAAGAUGAUAUGAAGUGCUACUCAAAUGGAGAAAAUUUGAAGCAGUUUCCUCCCAAAAGCCUUUGCAGUAGAAGAGAUUCAUAGAGUUCCCUCUAUUCUGCCUAUUUAGCAGAAAAAGACAGAAUUAAAAGGCCACCAGGGUGGUUGUCUUUUGGAGAAAACGGAGUAGCGCCAAAGUGGAGAAAAUUUUAAGCACCGAUAAUAAUGGGGAUUGGUAAAAAUGUGACACAUUAGCCCUAAGCGUAUUCCUUGAUUGGAGAAAAUGUGGUUAUGUGUCCACCAGGGUAGCACUGUGGUGGAGCGAUUGCCCAAUGGCUGGCCUUAGUGGGGAAAACAUGGUAAAAUACUUCCAAAAAUGCCUCUUUUUAAGUAUUUUAAAAUGAACAAUAUUCUCCUUUAGGAUCAUUUCUUCUAAAGACAGCAGCACUGAGCUCCUUUAACACUCUCUCUAGUAAAGAAAAGGUGACAGAAAGUAAAAAUAUCUACAAAAAAAUCGUUCCUGAUCACGAACCAGUCAUGUCAGAGUUUUAAUCAGCCUUGAAUGCUGAAACACUUGAUCUUUAUGACCUCAAUCAGCUACAUGCACUUUGUGUUAGUAAAACAUUAUUCUCUUAGAGCAUGAAAUGCUUCAUAAAACCACUUUUCUUUUCAUGGUUCUCAUUGUGAAAACAUCCUGUUGUAAUCAGAAAGAAACAAAUUCCUGUGUUCAACUUCCAAAGGUGAGGACACAUUGGACAGCCCAGCCAUCCAUGGCAGCUUUUAAUCAGGCAGAGAGGAAAAACCAUUUCUCCUGAGAGGAUCAACACGUGGCUGCGGAGGGGCUUUCACAUGAGCAACGCCGUCAUGUGCCCACCAAACCGCACACACACCAAGAAACACAUUAUCCUCACCAGCUGCAUACCAACGCACACACACACAAUCAGCAUCAAAGGCAGCACAACACAUCAGCUACAUCUUUGCAAAACUUCAGCGCACCAUGAACCAGUCUGGAAGGUUUCUGUUGACUCUUUAUAAUGAGAUUAUCUGCGGUGUAUGGCAUGGGAAGAAAUCACGGUGAAUGAUUCGAUCUUGGCCAAUCAGGAGACUGCCGCUGCCAAACUAAAUGGUUGCUGUUUCUAGAUGUCAGUCUACAUUUGGUGGGCAGCCUGAUAAAUAUACCGGGGCUCUAAUAUCAAACAGGCAUCAGCAGCUGUUGUUCUUAUUCCCAUGUCCUUAAAUAACACUGUUUCAUGGCGCCUUGAGUCUCAUAAAACACUUGAAAUUCCUCAGCCAGCUUAGGUCAAGUUUAAGCGUCAAAUAAGGUCUGCAGCAGGACUCUUCUACUACUGAGCCGUACUGUUGUAUGAUCAGAAUGAGGUUUGGCAUUGGGUAAUAUCUUGAUGGCUGUAUACAUGUAGAGCUACCUAAGGACCCCAAAGAUCAUAGCCUGUAUUCUUUUUUGUGCAGUUUCAUGCAGAGGAAUAUUAUUCUGAAAGACUCUACUUCUCUUAAACGCCCUUCUAUAUUCAGUUAUCCAGUCAUAUACAAGUACAAAAGCACCUGAAGUGUCUUUAUACUAUACCUUUUUUACUACUUUGUGUUCUCAGUGGUCUUUAAAUUGUAAUUGUGGUUUUUAGCCAAAAUCACGUUACCUGUGUCAUUUUCAAGGACUGUUCUCCUGCAGAGCUCCAGUAGCUCAUUAGCAAUUCACCUCUGAGUCGUGGACGGAGACAGCGCUGCUCUGCACACUCCUCUUCACACUAGCUUGUAGCCUAACAUUGCCUGUGUAAUAGAAGUGUCAGGUAACAUAGGAGCUAUUCAGCUCUCAGACACUAAUGUUUUUAGGGACAUGAUGAAAGUUAAUAUCAUAAUUAGCUUUCUUACGAACAUUGAAAUCCGCAAACGCACACACUUAAUCUGCAAUUGUCUUCUCUAUUUCUCAGAGUCUGGCCUGCGGGGGCGGAGCUUGGAUUUGUGAUGUAGGAAAUCUCACUGUGUCUGAGCCUGCCGCUUGGGUCUGCCAGAGAGUCGCAGCGAUUUGAAUACACAAAUACUCAAUUUCGCACUUAUUUUUCUCCUGAUAUGUCCUGUAGUAUCAGAAAAAUGCCAUAUGAACAUGUAGACAACAAGAAAAACAUGAUUUUCAUCAGAGUGGGUCUUUAACACAACUUUUCCAGUGCUCUCCUGCCCCAACUCUUUCCAAACAUGUUUUCACCCCUCUCAGUUUUGCACAUCUUUAACCUUCAGUCAGACUGGAUUCAUGUGUUGCAUGUGGAAGCACCUGUCCAAACCCCAACAUUGCACAUGCCAAUCUUCAUCUCAUCGAUGUCUCCUUCUAUUUUUUCCCUAAUUUUAUCGAUGCUUUGAUGUGAUGGAUUUGUAAUGAUAUGACGGUGGUCUGUGAGUUUUAUGCUCUCAAAAGCAUCCAAAUCUCUCUUUUCGGUUAUCUCAAGCCGAAUAUGAAAAUUUACGAGCAACAUUACCUUGCUUUAGCGUGAUAUCCCACAGCUUUUAUAAUCAGACGCCGUCAGAAACGAGGCUAAAUAUGUCAAACUGAGCCAACUAUCUUGCCUCUUACAAAGAUAAGCUUCAGCUAUAAAAUUGAAAGAUGGAUUUUACAUUUAUUUGUAGCUUUUUCUCUCAACACAGUCCAGAGAAAACCUCACGCUCUUAUCCUAAUCCAAGCUGGAGAUAAAUCAUGAAAACCACAUAAAUGCCAUAAUGUAGCAGACUUUUUAGUUGGGCCAUUAGUCUCUAAAGAUACAAAGAAAACUCCUGCAGUGCAUUUUCAAGUUGAAUUGUGUGCAGCAUUAUAAUCGUUUUGUGUCAUAUCCCACAGCUUUUACAAUAAAGUAAAAAUAUGCUUAAACCCCUUACCUGUUACUUUGAUAAGAUUUGGUCAUAAAACUCAAAGGAGGGAUGUUUGGUCCUCCCACUCUGCUCUCAACACUGUCCAGAGAAAAUAUCACACACUUAACCCCACUUCCAGACAUGAUGAAUCAGGAAAAUAGCUUUUAAAUCCAACAAGCUAUCAGGACCGUACAACAUAAUUUUAACAGACUUUUGCAUGAAUGUGUUAUUUCUGGGUCAUCCAGAGGAGAAAUAGAGAAUUUCUUCAGAAGAGCAGCUUGUGGGACAUUGAACCCUUAAUGCUUUAUGAAUUAGACGGUGUCUUUUUGGAUAGUUUGAGUGAAUAAAACCUUCACUUUGUGCUUAAAUAUGAAUCAUCAUGAUUCUCUAAGACUGAGAGAGCUCAAAAUAAAGGCUGUCCUCUAAUACAAGCCUGAUUCAAAUAAAGGCCUGGCACCUUAGACUGUAAAAGAAAAAAAAAGAACUAACCUAUAUUUGAGGAUUUACGGUAAUUUGUCUUCUCUGGUGAAACACAUCAGAGAAAAAUUUCACUUUUUGAAAACUUCCUGCCUCAUCAUGGUGACCCAGCUGCCAGUGAAAAAAAGACGAUUUAGUGUUUUGUUCAGAAGUUUGAUUGAAUCUUUACCUUUUUUGAAAUGUAUUAAAGUUUUUUGAAGAAUUGAGUCUUGAAAAACUUCCUUAAAAUCAUUAAAAAAACACAUUUUUCAUAACAAAACUCCAGCUUCAUUUAAAAAUGACACUUUUCAAUCUCAACAGGGUAAAACAACAUUAACCUGAUAAAUUCAUAUAUUUGAUUUUUUAUUUGCAACAUGAACAUUCUUAGUGCGUUUAAAAGACAGUUUGUUAGAGCUGGAUCGUUAAAGAGUCUGCUCAGCCAGCUCCUCCUCCUCGUCAUCUUCAUUCUCAACAUUUCGGUCAGGAUGCUCUCAAGCUCAUCCAUCUUGGAGGUCAUGUUCCUCUCUUUCUCGGUCCACUCCUCUGUCUUCUCCUUAUGUGUCCUCAGAAGGAGCUGAAUGGUGUCUUGUAAGGAGCGUCUUUUCUCCUGCCACUGACUCUCCUGGAAGUCCGAUGCUCUUCAGCUUUCUUUUUAGCAGCUGUGGUUUCAUGAAUGACGUUUGCAGGUCCACAAUCUGUGCUGUGAAGGAGGACUGGAUCUUCUGGAUCUCUUUCUGAGCCUCCUCUUUGACCUUUCAUUCAUAGCGGUCUUGUGCAGCUGCUCUGUGUGCUGCUCUUUGUCCCAGUGAGUUCUGAUCCACACAUAUUUGUUGGGAGUUCCUUCCUGUCUCCCAGCAAUCUGAAAGCUCAGGGCUUGAUAAAGCAGAUCCAUCUGGAUCUUCUGCAGGUGGAGGCUGAUCUCCUCCACCUCUUUACUCCAUGCAGCAUGGCUCUGGAGUGCAGGGAACAUUUUUUGUAGCUGUCCUCAGCAGAGCAGCUUGUUCUUGCUGCAGCUUCUUGCUGAGGUUGGGGAUUCCUGAACUCCUGCUCAGCCUCUUUAUCCUGCUCCUCACUUGACUGAAGUUCAGCUGAGCACUUUUCCAGAGCUUCAUGAGCUGUCUGUAUCAGCUCAGUGCUGUCUUGGGCCUCGGUCUGUGUGCUGUGAACACAGAUGGAACAUAAGGAACCGGCUAUCUUACCUCUUAAAAGCCGUGGUCAUAAAAUUAAAAGGUGAUGUAUGCGGUAUUCACACAAACCAAACUAAUGAUAAAUCAAGAAAAAGAGCUUUAAAGUGAAAUCUUAUCAAAACUUAAAGUGAGGAAGUGAGUCUUAAAUAACCAGAUAAAUACAUCCUAAACAAACUGAGUGAGAUAGCUGAGUGUAUCAGACUAAUGUACACUCUUGAGUCUGAUCUAAACAUUACAUGAGGGCCUUAUCUCAAAGAGGUCCACCACAGCUGGAGGAGCUUUACCCUCCUCUUCUCCUUGUGUGCUGGUGAUUCACCAGAUUUUAGACGGUCUUUUGAUGUCCUUAAAUGAAACAUCUGCACAUUACUCCACAAAAAGGAAGAGAGACGGAAAGCAGACAUGUGACCGAGGUUUACUGGCCUGGAGAAAGUGGGUUUAAAAGACACUAGAGGGGAAUAAAGCUUCCUUUGAAAAUGUCUCACGGUCAAUUUCCUCCAUUUUAUCUGGACAUGAUCCACGAACCCCUGAAAGCUCGGCUCGUGUUUCUCUGUAUUUCUUCAUUUAAUAACUGACAAUUUUUACAUCCUGGUGGAUAUACACGUGGAUAAACACUGAGUUUGAAGCCAGCACAGAGAGGGUUUUAUCAGCGGCUGCUACAGAUUUUAUCCAUUUGAAUCAUUUUUAUGGGCUUCAGGGAGUAGAAUCUAUUACGGCGCAGCUUUUUAGAGAUUAUAUUUCAUAGAAAAGCAUUUUGGCAGAAACAAACGAAAGCUCUCUGGCUCAAGUGGUCACACUAUCAGAGGGUUGUCACUUUGCACUCUGUCCUGUUUGACAAAUGACUCUGAGGUGAAUCUUGGAGGAACAAAAUGUCCUUAAAAUCCUCACGUAGAGCUGCAAAUGAAAAACCAACAUCAGCAACAACGCGGACUGAGCAGACCACCAGUGACUGCAGCAGAGUCCAGGACAAACAGAGGCUGACAGCACUGAUGGAUUAAUCCGGAGAACAUGUUUAAUAGACGACAACAAGAGUAUUUACUCAGAUAUUUUUAUCAAAAGUGAACGUUUUUUUCUGCUCUCAUGUUAAUAUGACAUCUUUCCCCUAAAUAACAAAGAAAACUAUUUUUUCCAAGAAAUCUACAAGUACCUUUCUGGUAAGUUUGCAGUCCUGAAUUAACCCCAGUUUCAUUUUAAAGAUGUGGCACCAGUACAGUCCCAGACACAAGCUCGCCCCCUGGUGGAGGGGUAGAGUUCCUUUUCAGAAUAGAAAACAGAAUAAAAUGCUUUACCUCUACAUGUUCUUUAUUUAGUAAAAUGCUUUAAAGCACGAAAAUAACAACCCUGCAGGCAGUGUGCAGUCACAGUAAAUAUUUUCUUCCACUAAGUACGUGUUUCUUCUUCCUGUAGCUCUCCCUCCUCUUCCUCCUGAGCCACCGUGAGCGAGCUCGGUCUGUUUUGUCCUGGCUGGCCGACGGGAACAUCUGAUCAGGAAAAAGCUCCUCAAGUUUGCUCAAGAAAAACAGCUCCAGGUUUCGACCGGCCUGAGCCACCUCUGAGUCCGGCUGCAAAGAAAGGAGAUAAUGAAAAAGUUAAUAUCAGGUCAUGUUUUUGUAGAGUGCCGUGAAAUAACAUUUUUCCACAUAUAGCUUUUCAACGCUUGGAAACACCUUUAGAUUUUAUUCAAAGUCGCUGUUUUACAUCAAUUAAAACAUUAAUAUUUGUGAACUCAAUUGUAGUAUUUAUUUAUAAAAGAUAUUGAAGAUAGAUAAAGAUCAAAUGUCAAAUCUAAACCUUAAAUAAUUUUUAACUUAAAUUCCUUUAAAUGUAAAACAUAAAUGUUUGGACACAAAUCUCACAUUAGAUACUUAAUGUCACAUAAUUUGGAAUCUUUAAUUUAUAUCUAAAUUCUAAAAAUUAAAGAUGACAUUAAAAUCCAAAUGUUGAAUCUAGAUCUUAAAUGUGUGUUUAAAUUUUAAAUCAAUGUUAAACCUUUUAUCUUAAUCAAAUAAUGAAUCUUAAAGUAACAUCACUUGUAAACUUACUUUCAAUAAAUACAAAAAUAAAUGUGAAAUUUUCCAAAAGUGAAAUCAUGGAAAUCUUUUACACUAAAGUUUUAUUCGAAAUUUUGCAAAUUAAAUAAAGAUCUAAAUGUUGAACAAUGUGAAAUAGAAAUCUAAAUCUGAACGUUAAACAAUUUUACAUCUUGAAUCUUUACCCUAAAUCUAAAUUCGAAAUAACGUCAAAGCCAUGUCAAAAUAAAUGUUGAAUUCUUAUCUUACAUUUUUUAUUUAAAUCUUGAAAUUUUAAUGUUUAAUUUUAAAGAUAUUUUCAAAUCUUUAUGUCAUCAGGUUACUUGCAGGAAAAUUUCCACAUUUUUCAUGCUGCCUUUUCUUACAAGCUCAGACUGACUUCAUGCUGAAAUUUUACUGGGAAAAGUCUGGGUAAUGUCAGGACAGUUUUGUGCAUGUGUGAAAACAGAUAAAAUAACAAGUGGGUGUUGCAAAGGUGAUCCAUGUGGGGGGAAUUCGUCUCUCCAAACCAUGUUUACAAAAUCCAUAACUCUUGUGUUUAUGUCAGUGUUGAUGGAUCCAUAUCACGGCUGACCUGGACAUUAAUAAAACCUGUGUACUACCCAAACUCUGCAUGUAGCUCUCUGUGUUUAAUUACACCCUCACAGAUCUGCUUACAUGGUUAUAGGCGCUUGUUAAACUUUGGAGGUACCACCAGAAGUUUGAAUGUUUUUGGCAGUUGAAACAACCUGAUUGGCAGCCUCUACAUACAUAUAAAGGAAUAAAAAAGUGUUCCAGUUACGCACAUGUGGAACUUAUUCUCUCAGGCUGCGGCGCAGAGAUGAUUCAAUUACAGCAGAAAUUAGAUUAUUAGUUGGUGAUCCACCCGUUCUCUAACGACCUUGUGACAAACUCACGUAGUUGAACGUAGCACAGUUCUUGAGCAUCAGCAGCACGUCAUCCACAAACUGCUCGGCGGUGAAGUAGUGCAGAGUGUUGCUUUUGUCCAGCUUCCUGCGGAUGACGGACAGGUCGAUGGGCCUCUUUAUGAUCUGGUAGUAGUUUCUGGCCUGGAGCGAGUCCACAGAGAUUAGAUCACUAUUGUUUUCAUUUUAACACUGUACUCUAUUAUGGAGGUUAACUGGAACAGUUGACAUGUACAGCACAGUGAGCCAGCUUUCUCUUUGUUUAGGUGAAAAUAACUAUGACAUACCGCUAUCACUUUACCUCUGCACUGAAGAGUUUAAAGUGGGGACGCAAUGUCAGCACUCCUGUAGGUUUUUUUUUUUAACAGGCAAUGAAACUAAAUUCAAGUUGGAAUUGAUGACUUUCUUUGUGCUACAAAAGCAAAUAAAAUUAAAAGUUUUUUACUCCUUUUUUGUUAUUUUUGAGGCUAGAAACAGCAGCCACAGUGUAGGUGUCACACAAAGUCAUUAAAGCUACUGUAAGGAACUUUUAGUUUGUGUUUACAUAAAGUAGUUCCUCUAAUUUCUUGUCCUGUGAAUGUGAAAUCAUACAAAACCUCAUUCUGUUGUCUCAUAAGAGUGAAGUAUAUAAAACUUACUGUGAGUAUUUGUUGUUAGGAAAUGCUGUUUUUCGGCCCGCUGUCAAUCAUGUUGAUUGACACCUACCCCCUUAUGGCCGUUUUAGGCAUAAAAAAAUUACCUCUCUGAAAUAAUCAACCCUCUUACUAAUAGUCUUUUUUGCUUUUGAAGGUGGUGAAGAUGCUUUAGUAUCAGUUUCAGUCUGUUUCUUAACCAGCUAAAAACUCCUUACAGUGCCUUUAACUUUGAGCUGCAGUAACAUUUGUUGACAUUUUGAAUAAAGUCAGCUAUUUGAUAUAGUAUGACUUAAAAAGUGAUUUCUAUAAGUCUCUCAUUACAAGUUUUGGUGUAAAUGUGUCGGACUGACCAGAGGGCUGACGGGUUCGUGGAACGGAGCGCUGAGUGUGUGACAGAACAACAGCAGAGUCAUCUUCUCACACCUCUGCACAGGAGAUAAACACAAACACACAAACACACAAAUACAGUUACGUAGAUAAGCAAAGUUUCCAUCACUUUCAUUUUAUCAUUAUCUGCUGUAAUGAUUCUGCAACCGCCACUAGAAUAAAAUAAGAUUUAAACGACUGAGCUCACCCUCUGGUCCUGGUCGGACAGGGUGUACAGAGCUCUGACUCCUCCACAGGACUGAGCGUCCUCACUGUCAUGGGUCCCCACAGGGUCCUGGUCUGUUCUGCAGAGUGAGCACACCCAGUCGCCUCUGUAAAACCGGAAAACUCGGGUUAUUUCAGGAGCAUAUUUGUUUUCUACUCUUUUCUUCCUUGUUAAUCCAUUUCUACCAAGUUAGUUCUUGUGUUUGUGUGUCCUCGCAGCACUUACAGAGGGGAGCAGGUGAGAGCAGGUAUAUGACAGCCCAGGUGGAAAACUUUAGGGCAGCGGUCACAGCAGAGAAGAUCUCCUCCGUUACGACACGCGGCACAGAAAUCUUCACUCUCCAUCUCCUCAGGUCCUGAUCCAGGUCCAGGCUGCUGAACAGUCGAGUCUUCCUCCUCCUGUGGGCAGCAAAGAUCAGCUCUGGGAUCAUCACUGACUUCCAUUUCGACUAUCUCCUCUUCACAUUUUAUCUCUGGUUCAUCUUCCAGCUCCACAAACUGAUCCUGAUCUGCCUCCAGCUCUGGAUCCAGCUCUAUCACCAAGGUCAGCUCUGGAUCUGGAUCCAAGUAAAAUGUCUCUGAAUCUGUUUUUUCCACAUUUGGCUCCCACUCCUCGGAUCCGGAGUCACACAGGAUGUAAGGCUGAUCUGGAUUGGAUUCACAAUCAAAGCCUGAGUCCUGCUCUGGUUCUUCAGAGGGGGGGCUGUCAGGACAGUACGGCUCGGUCCACAAGGUCGGGGUUAAUUCUGAUUGGUUGAGACCAGAUUCUGCUGGUUUAGACAGAAGUGACGCUUCAUUAUCCCCCAAACUGCUGGUCUGCUGAGGACUCGCUAAGAUGGAAACGUCGGGUUCGAUCUUGGCUUGAGUUUGAGAUGGCAGUCUCACCAGAGACACCACGGGCUGCAGACAUGGCAAGGACACAGACCGGAGGUUCAGUCGCUCCAAGAUGACCACAGGUAUGCUGGAAUUACCCAGAAUUCUUUGGGCUUCUGAGUGAAUCCUGUGGAAAUAAAUACAAGCUCUGUUAAUCGAAUCAAAGACAGCUAAAAUACUUGAUUCAGAUUCAUUAAAACCUCAUCACAAUGAUGCUCAAACAUCUGACAGCUCGCUCCAUGUGUCAUUCUUUACUUUACCUUAAUGUCUCAAAUAGAGGUGCAACAUCUUUUCCAGGUUCUUGUGUUGCAAGUGAAGGGGAGGCUGCUUUUGUGCUUCCAUUGCAAGAUCCAUUUAACUCCUUUUGGACUUCACAGGAUCCGAACCUGCAGAGCUUUUUAAAACACAUUCAUUCAGUGUCAUUUUUUUUUCUCAGAUGUACAAAACCCAAUUCCAUUGAAGUAGGGAAGAUGUGUAAAUCGUAAAUAAAAACGGAAUACAAUGAUUUGCAAAUCCUUUUCAACCUAUAUUCAAUUGAAUACACUACAAAGACAGAUAAAGGAAAUUUAGGGAUUUCAAAAUGUACGGUCCAUAAUAUCAUCAAAAGGUUCAGAGAAUCUGGAGAUAUCACUGCAUGUAAGCGGCACGGCCGGAAACCAACAUUGAACGCCCGUAACCUUCGAUCCCUCAGGUGGCACUGUAUCAAAAACCAACAUCAGUGUGUAAAGGAUAUCACCACAUGGGCUCAGGAACACUUCAGAAAACCACUAUCAGUAAAUACAGUUCCUCGCUACAUCUGUAAGUGCAGGUUAAAACUCUACUAUGCAAAGGGAAAGCCAUUUAUCACAACAUCCAGACACGCCGCCGGCUUCUCUGAGCCCCAGCUCAUCUAAGAUGGACUGAUGCAAAGUGGAAAAGUCUUCUGUGGUCUGACGAGUCCACAUUUCAAAUUGUUUUUGGAAAUAGUGGGCGUCGUGUCCUCUGGACCAAAGAGGUAAUGUACCAUCCAGACUGUUGUCGACGCAAAGUUCAAAAGUUAGCGUCUGGUAUGGGGGUGCAUUAGUGCCAAAGGCAUGGGUAACUUACACAUCUGUGCAAGGUACAUACAGGUUUUGGAGCAACAUAUGCUGCCAUCCAAGCAACGUCUUUCUCAUCGAUGCCCCUGCUUAUUUCAGCAAGACAAUGCCAAGCCACGUUCUGCACGUGUUACAACAGCGUGGCUUCGUAGUAAAAGAGUGCGGACACUCGACUGGCCUGCCUGCAGUCCAGACCUGUCUCCCAUUGAAAAUAUGUGGCGCAUUAUGAAGCGUAAAAUACGACAACGGAGACCCCGGACUGUUGAACAACUGAAGCUGAACAUCAAGUUAGAAUGGGAAAGAAUUCCACCUUCAAAGCUUCAACAAUUAGUCUCCUCAGCUCCCAAACAUUUAUUAAGUGUUGUUAAAAGGAAAAGUGAUGUAACAGAGUGGUAAACAUGCCCCUGUCCCAACUACUUUGACACGUGUUGCAGCCAUGAAAUUCUGAGUUAAUUAUUAUUUACAAAAAAAUAAUAAGUUUAUGAAUUUGAACAUUAAUUAUCUUGUCUUUGUAGUAUAUUUAAUAGGUUGAAAAGGAUUUGCAAAUCAUUGUGUUCUGUUUUUAUUUACGUUUAUCACAAUUUUCCAAUUUCAAUGGAAUCUGAUUUUAUAUAAAGAUCCAGAUCAUAUGUGUAAUUAUUUUGUAGCUCUGUUAUUUGUUUUGAUCUGUUACUUGUUCUGCUGGGACGCUCGGCUCCUCUGCUCUUGUUGCUCGAUUUAAACCGGUCUCAGAUGACUCGGCCUCCAGCGCCUGCUUCACUCUACACCUGGAUACCUGUGGAAACAGGGCGGCCGGCCUUUGGGGAAAGUUUCCAUGACAUCUGUAAGGGUGGCGUGCCAUCUCCAGGAGAUCUGGGCCUCUUGAGGUGAAAAAAACAUGAGAGAAAACACAGAAGAGGCCAGUUUUUAAUCUCCUGUGUGUUCAUGUUUGGCUGCGAAACACAAGAAUCAAAACAAACAACAAAAACACCAAGGAUUAAAACAAGAGGUUGAAUUUCUGAGAGAAUUUGCUGCUCAUUUUUACCCAGGUCAAAUUAAAAUGUGGAGAAACACUUUCUACUAAGAGAUUAACAACUAAUAUGAAGUUUGAAUAUGAUUGAAUCUUACCUGAAAGUCUUUCUGAGGGACAAACAGCAAAACCUCUACUCCAGAAAACCAGGUGAGUGUGUUUCCAGGUCGAUGUGAGCUCUAAAAGAGAGGGAUGGAGCUGUUACAUGUGUCCAGUAUCAGGGGAAUAAUCAGGAUUUGAUAGGUGGAGAGCUCUGUCCCUUGACAUUUCCCUUCUAAACUAGCCUUCAAUGUUACCAUAGCAGUAAUGUGAAGCUAUUAUUCGUCUCUCAUGUAAGAAAAAUUACAGCGUUUGAGUGCCAAGCUUGAAUUAAAGUGCAUUGUUUGAGAGAAAUUCCACCACAGACUGCAUAAAGUUCAAUCAGGUGAAAGCUCAGCAGUGAAAAUUUGUUCUUUUUGGUUUAAAAUCCCAACAGAGUUCACUCAGACCACUGAUAAGUAACAGGCUGUAAAACUGACUCAUGCUGACAGACCAGCUGUAUGUAAAUGUACCUUAACUCUGUCUGUGUCAUUAUUCUUCUUAGUUCAGUCUUUUAUAACUCAAACACUGAGCUAAAGUAGAUCAUUUUGAAGUUUAUACUGAAGGGUAAGACAUUGCUGACAGAUCUAAAUGGAUAUUUAGUCCACUAAACUGGAUCACAGGGAGGGAAACAUGUCUGAUGGUGCAGAAAAUUUAGCAUGCCUAACUGGUUUCCAUCAAAGCUGACCUGGUUUCUGAUGAAAAUCCUCAAAUUGCUCGCAUGCAAUCGCUCAUCUCUCCUUCAUUGUCUAAGCAGAACAGCAGCGUGGUUUUGAAAGACAUGCAACCAAAUACAAAAAUUCACUUGUAUUGAGGGUUAUUGGGGUUGAAGCAGGGUGUUUCGGCGAAUUUUAACAAACAAAAUCUCAUCUUUUGGCUCCUAGACUGCUUUUCGUCGCAUUACUGUGUCUUUCAUUACAUUAGUGAUUGAUUGGACUAAUGUGGUACCCUACUAAAACACUGACAAAAAAAGUAGUAUUUCACAAACAGCUAUAUUUUUUUAAACUAUAUUUUAUAAAGUUUUUACAUUUAAGAAAAACAUACAAAUAACACUAGAGCAAAAGCAAUGAUGUAUAAAUGCACUAUACAACAAAACUAUCAAAAAAUUGAAAGAAGAGAAAAAUAAGUGAAUAAAGAUAAAAAUGAUUAAAAAAAUAAUAAUAAUACAAGUAAAAAAUAAAUAAAUAAAAAAACAACUAAAAAAAGUAGCAGUAGUGACUUGAGGACCUCAAGUUAUAACAACAUUCUCAUCCUCCAAAAAUUCCAAAAAAAGGUUACAAACAGCAAUAUUUAUUUUCCUUUGUGAUUUUUUUUUGUUGAUAUUUUACUUGUUGUGUUUUUGUGCUUAAGUAGCCUAUAACAGCUUUUUUUUCAUGUAUUAAAAUGUUUUUGGUGGCCAAAAACAAUUGUUUGAGCUCCAUGAAAAUUUUAUUUACUGAUUUUUCUGUUUCUCUUCUGCUUCUUUCUGCUCCCAAACUGCUUUUCAUCGCAUUACUGUGUCUUUUAUUAAAUUAGUGAUUGAUUGGACUGAUGUGGUAGCCUACUAAACACUGACAAAAAGGGUAUUGAACUCAAUGAAAAACUUUUAACUUAUUUUUGUGUUUCGUUAGAUAUUUUAUUAUUAAAAAUCCAUUUGUUGUAAGCUUUUAAGUCCACUUGAUAAGCUUGAACCUUUUUUUUUCGCCCUUUUCCGUCGCCAGGCGUCGCUGUGGAUUUCUGAGCACGCUUUUCACAUACCAAAAUCUCGCACAAAACCGCGAGGUUUCCAAAUCACGUUCCUCUUUCAACUAGCCUCCAAGAUGGUAGGUGCUAUCCUGUAUCCCUGUGCUUUGAAAUUCGGUUAAAUCUAUGUCCAUCCUUGUUCAGUUACACAGCAAACUGCCAUCCGAUGGUGGCUUACAUUUCAGUUAUCCCACACAGUCACCAUCUGGACGUUUUUAUCGUGACUUGUUGAUAGUUUGAGUAUUUCAGACCGGUUUAGUGUGAGUGAGCCCGGCUCUGUAGGGCCCGUCGUGAAAGCAGCAGUUACCCAGAAAACUCUGAAUUAACCGCGAACAUAAAACUUUAAAGCCGAUGAAUAAGGAUCAAGUGUUAUUUUCCUAAGGACUGUGUCUAGUCCGUUGGUGCAUUUGUAUUUCUAUGAAGUCAGCCGGUAAUAAGAGAGAGCAGUUAGCAUUAGCCUCCGAUAAUGUUAGGCAGCAUGAAGUGAAGGUGUCACAACGUGGAAAGUCUACACAGCGUUAUGUUAUUAAAAUAAACACUGUCUGUGAACUUCUGCAUUCUGGCGCAAAUCCAUUCUUCAGUGUUAAAGUUGACAGUGUAUAUAUUAAUACGAAACGGUCACCUGUCUGAGGUAGCAGUUAGCUUCUUCACUGUCUUGUUCACUUCAGUCAUUUUAACUAAAUUCUCCUCUGACAGCCAACCAAGAAGACCAAGACCAGGAAGCUCCGAGGACAUGUCAGCCACGGACAUGGUCGCGUCGGUGAGUAUGAUUAUGUGUCCUCUUUUAAAAGUCUAAUGUAGAUGAGCAGUGAUCAAACCCUCUGUAAUUAUAAUAAAUGGUUAAUCUGAACUUGUCCACCCACAGGUAAGCACAGAAAGCAUCCUGGAGGUCGUGGUAAUGCUGGUGGUAUGCAUCACCACAGAAUCAACUUCGACAAAUAGUAAGUUCAGCAUGGCAUGAAAGUCUGAUGUGGUCACCGAAUCCAUGAGUUUACAUCUGUCCACAAGUUUGAGUUUGCUGUGAUGGUCAGAAUUGGCUGCUGAUGGUUGACAAUAAGCUUGUUUCCCAGAUGUUGCUAUGUUUCUUCUUUGUUUUUGUCAGAUCAUGUUUUAUCAUGCAAGAUUUCUGUCUUGGAGGACUAGAUUCUAGAUCGGUGGUUGAACAGAAUAGUUUUUGUGUGGUGUGCUGUGUUGAGAUUAUCGGAGCACACCACCAAGUACGAAAACUGUUUAAUUCCCGAUGUAAAAAAAGAUUUAAAAAAUUGCUUCAGAUUUAAAAAAUCCUUGUGUGUACCUCGCUUAAGCAUAUUUGUGGUACUCUUUGCUCUGUGCUGGUUCUUCAAUGUUAUCAGGUGGUUAUAUAUGAGUAGAAAAUUAAGCUCUUAUUUAGGUUUUUGUUUAUAUACAAUGGCAGCAGGAGUCAAUCACUGAGUACGUUUACAUGACAUUCAAAAAAACAGAAUUAUUGUCUUAUUCCGAUUAAGACUGGACAACUGAAGUGCAUUUAAACACCUUAGUUCGACUCCGAUUAUUGUCGGAUAACUCAGAUCAAAACACCCAGAUAUUGCAAUCGGAAAUCGACUUUCUCUACCAGGUAACCAGCGUAGUCUGAGUUUGAUAAGACAAUGCAUGUGGGUGGGCGUGCCCCCCACCCUAGUAACCAAGAACAAAAACACCAGAGAAGAGGAGUAUUGCGCACCUCAUCUGUAGAAAAAGUAGUGCAUACAUCAAGUAUGACAAAACCAAUGGUGUAAGACGCUCCAUCCUGUUGCUCGAAAAUGCCCAGCAGCAGUUGUAGACACUUCUGACAUCUGGCACGGAUCUGCUGUUGUUGUUGUUGACAAUUGCCUGACCACAACAUGUUACCUCUGUACCAUCUGUAUUGUUUCUCUAGAGCACAGGGACAUAGAGACUAGAGUCUCAUCUUGGCAUAAAUCAUUGUCUUGGUGUGCUUGAGUCCUCUUAGAGUGAAGACUGGUCCUAUUCACCGACUGGCUUUUUGUAGGCCAGUCAGCCACAUGGGCAGUUACAGACUGUUAUGUUGAUCUUACUGUGUUAUUUCCUCACCGUGCAUAUUUUGUCUCUGUGUUUAAGUGCCUUUUUUUUUUUUUGUCUUGAUCCCAACCCUGGAUUAACCUUUCCUCUGUCCCUCUUUUGUGACUCCUCAGCCAUCCUGGGUACUUCGGUAAGGUGGGUAUGAGACAUUACCACCUGAAGAGAAACACAACCCACUGUCCCACCAUCAACCUGGACAAGCUGUGGACCCUGGUGAGCGAGCAGACCAGGCUGAACUACAGCAAGAAGCCAGAGGGACCCGCCCCCAUCAUUGAUGCUGUGCGCGCUGUAAGUGUUCCCCCAGGUUUCAGGCCGAUUUAUUUGCAAACACCCUCUUCGCUCAGGCCUGAUGCUUUCCUAGAGACAGAAGACAUAAGUGUGGCUCAAAGUCUGUGAUUAAAGAGAUUGUUAACCUGGUCUGGUUACCAGUGGAGAGAAACUCUUUGCUUUUGCCUGUUGUGUAUUUAUCCAUAGAAAACUCCGGCUAGUAGUUGCUGUUUUUUCUGGGCAGUUGCCUGGAUUUAAGAAUCAGAAAAUAUGUGCCAAAACCUGUGUGACCUGUAGUUUUGAUCAAGGUAACUGCAUUAAUCUUAUUGCCUGUAAUACAAGUAAACACCAGAUUAAACAGCGAUAAAAAUGAUACACUCUUGAAGCAACUUUUACAAAUAUGGUUAACAAAAACUGAAGUUGUCAUGGUGAACAUGAGCAGAAUUAUUAUUCACUCUAAGGUUGAUAAAAUCAGGACUUUUUAUUAGCAGAAGGGGUUGAUCUUUAAAGAUGGCACCCAUGACUCUAUAUUUAAUUGAAAGUCAUGUUGCUUUUAUACUCUGAGACCCUUUGGUGGUUGAGAGUUGGCAUCAUUUGUGUAAAUAGGACAGUGUUUUAGUUGCUCAGAUGUAUCAUGGUUCAUACUUCAGAUGGACGUGUCUUUGGCUUGCUCUUAUGUUUGUAUAUUUAUGCAGUUUAAGUCUUAUUAUUAUUAUUAGAAUUACAGUUUCCUCUCUUUGGUUUAGCUCGUGUAUUUUUCUUUUUGCAUUGAAACACACGACAUUGGACCUGUGUGUCGAUUUUGCAGGAAAAUCUUCAUUUUUACUUUCUUGAAUAAAAACUUCGAUACCUUUUUUUUAAAAUGCACUUCUACACAUUUGUUUCUGGGGGUUUAAUUAAAAUCACAAAGUUUAACUUAAACCAACCUGGAAGUAAUGAGACAGUGGCAUUAUUUCAGACGAAUAGACUGUAGGUUUUGUAAAUGGUUAUAUCUGGUUGAACUCAUCCUGUUCUUGAUUUCUUCUCAGGGCUACUACAAAGUCCUGGGCAAAGGCAAACUGCCCAAACAGCCCGUGAUCGUCAAGGCCAAGUUCUUCAGCCGAAGGGCCGAGGAGAAGAUCAAGGAAGUGGGAGGAGCCUGUGUGCUGAUGGCAUAAUGAUCCUGUCAUUGUGUUUUUGCAGAAAUAAAAUGUAUAAAUGGGAAUGUUGUUUGUCAUUUCUGACUUUUACAUCUGCAUUAUUGUAUUUCACAUAACAGCUGUGGUUUGUGCUGGAUGCUGAGCAGAAAUCCCACUACUGCUCAUUGCAUUCAUAUUCUAUUUCGUACAGAUUAUAUAUACCGUAUUUUUCGCACUAUGAGGCGCACCAUCGCUUAACGCGUCUAUUUUCAUACAUAAAGCACCCGGGAUUAUAAAGUGCAUUAAGUCAAACAAAACAGUCGGAUAAGUCAAACUUUAUUUAACUUAUUCAGGAACUCUGCGAGGCUACAGUAGCUGCAGUGCUCCAGCAAGCCAGACAGAUUUUAAGUGUGCCUUAUAGUGCGGAAAAUACGGUACACAUGGCAAUUGACCAAGUAGUCUUUCAUGGGAGAUGCACAGCUGUAGGCAUCGUAACUCUUGCCUUGGGGCAGCUUAAAGUUUUUUCAUCCAGUGACAUUUGAAUCUCAUUUGGUAUCUUGGGUUUGGAGAUGAUUCAAAAAUGCAGAGUUCUUGCCCUUGCUUUGACGGACAUUAAGUCCAUUGUGUUAGAAAUGUGGCAACACUAGAAACAAAUGAAAAUGCUGUGAACCAAGGUGAAAAAGUAGAGACCAAAAAUGUUUAUUUGUCAAUAUUUGUAAUUUCUCAGGACCAAAAUUAUUAAUCUUUUUUUGGAAACAUUUAAAAAAAAAAAAACAAUUUCUACCUGAACAGUCUGACCAAUAAAUCUUUCAGCUGUUCACUUAUAUUUGAUAUAUUGGAAACGGAGACGCCUGACAAAUUAAAUAUAAUUGUGCACAGUUAA